AUGAUGACAUCUCAACAGGAGGAGCAACCUUAUCCCUUUGUAGAUAUAUAUGAUGAAGACGAAGCUGACAGAGUCUUUCUGACAUCUAAGCCCACCUGUUUCGCCAUCCUUGGGAAACCUGUAAGAAUUUCCAGUUUGAUUAAACUGGCAUUUUGAACAAUAUAACUUGAUGCACAAUCCUAUACAUGUUUAUUCAGAAGUAAACCCCACUGUGUCCAAUGGGAGUGUACCUAUAGGAAGUAUAUACACUUACCUGGAAUUCACUGGUGAAGGAAGAGGAGUGCGGGGGGAGUGCACCGCCCCCGGCAGUGCGAUCCCAGUAGGGUGCCAUUGCAGCUGCCCCCCCCACCCAUGCUGGGCGCCACAAUCCUGCAGGUAGCGUACCACGCCCCUAGGACGCAUGCCACACCCCCAGGACGAGCGCCCCACCCCAGGACAAGCGCCAGUCCUGCCCCUGCCUGCUCUCCGCCCCCCAGUGCCGGAGCAUGAAGCUCUGCCACUGCUGGAAUUAAGCCCCAUUGAACUUAGUGGGAUGAAUGGAGUGCAUCAAAGCCUUUUCCUCCAUAUUCCUCAGUAACAGUUGUAAGCCUUAAUUGACUUAAGUUAUAAUAACAUUAAGAUCUGCCUAGACACACAUUUUCCAUAGCAAGUGCAGGCUCUUCAGCUCAGGAGUCUUGAAGAGAUCACAGUAGACAUACCAGCUCAAUCCUUUCUGUUCAAGUUUGGUGAAAAAGAAACCUACCAAUGAUUUUUAGUUCAUGCUUGCACCUCAAGUUCGCAGAUAGUUGGUGGAUACCAUCUCUUUUAAGGAAUAGAUUGGAAAUGGCCUCUGCAGGAUGACUUACCCACACCACUGCUGUGAUAUGUAGCAUAAAUGACAUACCUUAUUGUGCUUUGGUAUUCUUUGCAGUGUUUCUGUGGUAGCCUAACUUGCCAUCAGAAAUAGUUUGGGUUUCUCAAAAAUAAGUCAUAUCAAACCAAUCUGAUUUCUUUCUUUUUUUAUGGAAUUACGAACUUGGUAGAUCAGGAAAAUACUGUGGAUAUAGUGUACCUUGAUUUCAGUAAGGCUUUUGACAAGGUCCCCCAUGAUAUUCUUGUGAGGAAGCUGGUAAAAUGUGGGCUGAAUGAGGUAACUAUUAGGUGGAUUUGUAGCCGGUUGACUUUCCGAACCCAAAGAGUACUCAUUAAUGGUUCCUUGUCAUCCUGGAAAAAAGUGACAAGUGAGGUGCCACAAGGUUCUGUCCUGGGCCUGUUCUUGUUCAACAUCUUUAUAAAUGACUUGGAUGAAGGAAUUGAGGGGAUGCUCAUCAAAUUUGCAGAUGACACCAAACUGGGAGGGGUAGCUAAUGCCACAGAAAACAAAAUCAGAAUUAACAGAUUGGAGAACUGGGCACAAGCUAACAAAAUGAAUUUCAAUAGGGACAAAUGUAAGGUUCUGCACUUAGGCAGGAAGAACCAGAUGCACAAAUAUAGGGUGGGGGGGACGCCUGGCUUACCAGCAGUACAUGUGAAAAGGAUCUAGGGGUCUUGCGUAAUGUGAGUCAACAGUGUGAUGCAGCAGCAAAAAAAAGCUGACACUUUUCUAGGCUUCAUCAACAGAAGUAUAGUGUCCAGAUCAAGGGAAGUAUGGUAAUAGUACUACUCUAUUCUGCCUUGGUCAGACCACACCUGGAACACGGUGUCCAAUUCUGGGCACCACAACUUAAGAAGUACGUUGACAAGCUGAAACAUGUGCAGAGGAAGGCAACCAAGAUGAUCAAGGGUCUUGAAACUAAACCUUAUGAGAAACGUUUGAAGGACCUGGGUAUGUUUAGUCUGGAAAAGAGGAGACUGAGAGGAGAUAUAAUAGCCAUCUUCAAAUAUCUUAAGGAUUGUCACCUGGAGGAGGGAGCACGCUUGUUUUCUCCUGCUCUGGAGGAUAGGAUUUGAGGCAAUGCCUGAAAUGUUACAAGAAAGGAGAUUCUGACUAAACAUUCAGAAAAACUUUCUGAUAGUAAGAGCUAUUCAGCAGUGGAGCAGACUCCCAUGAGAGGUGGUGGAGUCUCCUUCCUUGAAGGUUUUUAAGCAAAGGCUAGAUAGCCAUCUGCCAUAGAUGCUUUAGCUGAGAUUCCCGCAUUGCAGGUGGCUGGACUAGAUGAUCCUUGGGUCCCUUCCAACUCGAAGAGUCUAUGAAGGGUGACGUGAUGUGCUCUGUUGCACGCUAUGGUGAAAAUAUGGAGAACCCACUACCUAGAGGUGAUUCCAUGUAAUUAAAGUAAUACAUGGCUGAUCUUUAGUUCCAAGUAAGAAUGUUGAGCAUCACAGUCUCAUCUGAAACCAUUGAUUGUAAAAGCACUAACUUCCAAAUGAGUAUAUUUAUAUUCUCAGCCAUGAAUCUUGAGAAUACACCCAUUUCAGUGAGAUUUAUUUCUAAAUCUCAGUGAUAAGAUCAGGCUGACUGGAGCUCCAGUCCUUCCAAGCCCUAAGCAGAUCCUUUACCACUGACUAAGUUAGCUUCAUUAGAUGUUUAUAAUGAAUAUGUCAUUGUAAAGCUUGGUGUCAAGAUAUCUCAAUGCUAAAUAUAUUGGAUGUGAUUCAGCAAGUCCAGCAUUGUGCACAUUGCCAAAAUGUUUGUGUCUGUUUUGAGUAGGGCCGGAUCUGGACACAACAAGAACUUUUUCAGUUAAACGUGUUGUAACAUUUAUGAGAAAUCGGGUUAGCAAAAACAGAACUCCACAGCGCCAUCUGCUGUCACAGUGUUAGAAUGUAUAAAGAAUGCAUAUAAAACGCUUUUCUUUGACAAUAUAGCUGAGUCCUAGAUUUCUCUCGAAAGUCUCUUCACUGAGUUUUAGGGUGCAAUUUGUCAAACAGAUCUAGAAAGUAAAGCAGCAGUGGUAUAUUUGAUGCACUUACUUCUAUAUGAUAGGCACAAUUCAGGAAAAGUUAAGGAACCCACCAUGCUUAUUAAAAACCGGAGCCCCCCAUGUUGUUUAGCCCCUGCAGCCCUGAGCCUGGCUUCUUGUUACAGCUGUUCUUCAAUGGACACUCAUGCAACAACUACUGAUUUCCUGACUGGUAGUUUGUCCCUCCCCCAUUCUUUUGGUGGGCUGUCCCCCUUCAAUUCUUGUCCAGAUUUAAAUCUUGUUGAAAUAUACAAGCUGUUUAUUAUUUCUGCAGCUAUUCAUGUAAACAAUUAUAUUGUGUCUCGUUUUGUUUUGGGUUUUUAAAAUUAAAAACCUGUACUUUGCUUAUAACUUGAAAAAACUGUUCCCGAGAGAGGUUGGAUUAUGAUGGCACAGGUCCCUAGCCAAUCAGUGUUUUCAGUGUUUCUACUUCAAAUUAUUUCCUUGAGCUCAAUUCUCAACAGAAGAUUGAAUGUGUGACAACAACAUGCUGACUACAAUUUCCAGAAUGGAGUAGCUCUUGCUUUUAUGCAUAAAACUAUCCCCUAGGCACACAUUUAAGCAGUAAGGUACAAGAACUAGCUGGGUUUAUAUACUAUAAUAUUUUACAUCACUACCGGUUUUCAUGUAGUAGGAGAAAUUUACUUUAGUUAACUUUAUACCCCACCCAAGCCCAGCAUGGAACCUUAUUUGUAAAUAUGUUUAUCACAUAGGAGGUAGAAUCUAAUCACUUCAGUUACUUUGGUUUUCCAGGGCUAGCAAGUUUAAAAUGUCAAAUAUGUUUUUGCUGUGAAAGUUAGCAUACAGUUUUAAGUUUAGUAUAAAAAUGGAAGCUAUGGAAUAUAUUCUAUCAGAUACAGGGAUGAAAAAUAUGAUUUCUGGCUUGCACAUUUCAAAUCCAUAAAUACAGGUCUAUAAUAAAAAUUAGGCUUUUAGUCUUUGUCUUUCCAUUAUAUUAUGCUACAUUUGAAGCACUGCAGGGAUUAUUCUAGUUUUAAACAAUACUUCUUAUGUUUAUUUAUCUUCUUUUUCAGAGUGUUGGGAAGAAAACAUUAGCUAAAAAAUUAGCCCAGAUCUGGAAAUGCACACUCAUAGAUGGUAAAUAUAAGCAACAUUAUGUUAGACAAUAUGUCACUUAUUGGAUUUUUUUGAAUGAUUUCUGAAAUUACAUGUUUCAGUCAGAUUAAUGAAGCAAUAUGCAUCUUUCCCAUUGUUUUCAGAUGUUAAGAACUUUAAUAAUAAAAGGAAAAUAAUAAUAACAAUAAAAUAAUUUUUAAAAAUGCUGCCUUCAUGCCCUGCUUACCAGCUUUUAUAAGUGUGUUGGAAACAAAAUGUGUUAAAUGGGUAUUUAGUCUGGUUCAGCAAAGUUCAUUUAUUCUUAUGGUCUUGUUUAUUCAGAGUUGUAGGAGUGUCCUUCAUUUAUUGUAUGCAAUGUACACUUUUUAACUCCCCUUUUACAUUUUGGUCACUGGCAAAUUUUACUUCAGUCAUAUAGCACUUCAGUUUUCCUUCAAUGAUAUAGAAGCCAAGUAAGGGAUAGUCAGACUGGUUCAGAAUUUUUUUUUAGAUAUUAAGUUUCAGGAUCAUAGUUGAAAAGGUGAACCUGAUAUUGGUCUGGAAAUGCUAGAAGAAAACUUUGAAAUACUGAAAAAGAUAGGAAACAAUAUCCUUUCAGCCUCACCUAAAAUGCAGGUCACAAACUAGAGCUGCAUGUUGUAGCCCCAACUUCUGCCCCCCACUCCCAUUCAGCAUGUCACCCUCCAUCUAGUCGCACACCUUUCCCCUCUUGCUAGGUGAAACAAGGACAAUCUCAUUUUACCUUCAGCGGGCAGGAAAAGAUUGGUGGCUGAAUUGAAUCAGGAGGCAUAGCUACCACAGUAACAUCUUUUACGGCUGUGAAGUGAUUUAAAGGGGAUACAGGUUCUCUCUGAGGUUCAAACUGAAAACCUCAUUGCCACUUCAGCUACCUGUUCUUUUUCCUCUUUCAAUUUUAAGUUCUUCCGCAAGUUCAUUCUGCCCCUCAGAAACAAACCAUAGUUCCCCAGGUGAUCUGAUUUCCUCAGGAGCUGUUACUUUGCUUAAAUUUGCAAGAAUGAACACAGCAGGGCAGUGAUUGAAUUCUCACUUGCUUGCUUGGGACUGAUCUGGCAUCAGCAGAAUUCUGAGUAAAAGGCUGAGAAGGCAACAGAGGUUUACCUGUUGGUUUCAGAAAUAAGUGCUUCUCUGAAAUUCUACCCUUGGUGAAAAAUUACAGUGAUUUCCAAAGAAUCAAAUAUAUUUGCAAGACUAGAAUCUCUCAACUUUAAACCACACUAUAAGUUUUCAUUAAAUCUGCGAGUAAUUUAUUUUAACUUAGUUCUUUGUAAUUGUUCAUUUACAAAUCUUGGUGUUCUUGGAUUUCAUUACUUAGAAAACAUGGGAGCCCUCUGGUGGAUAAAACCACAUUUCAUGAUGCAGGAUAUCUAUAAUCAGAAUAUUUCACCUUUUUAAAACUAAUUGGCAGGUUGCAUAGCUACUUUGAAGAUCAGAGAACAGGAGGGGAGGAAAAAGUGCUUUCCUCUUUCUUCUGCUACUGCUUCCUUGAUAUAAAUGCUGUUUUCUGAAGCCAACAUUGGCAGAGGGUGCCUUUUAACUUUGAAAAUCCCGAAUAAGGCAAUGCUUUUAUUAGGCCAAUGAAAACAUCACAAAACUCUUAAUCAGAUUGGGGAUUAAGUGGCUAUGUUUAGAUUCUAGUAAAUCUACAGCAUGAAGAUAAAUUAGUUAUUGUCCUUCUAUUUAUGCAGCUGUGAAUUCAUGCAGUCUGCUUUGCUUUUUCUUUAUUCUUUUUAAAAUAAUAAUUGGUAUCUGCAUUAAAAAAAUUGAUUCAGCCAACGGUUUAAACUUUUUAAAAAACACAUACCAAAAUUCUCCUAAACCAUGACAAAAAAAUGCAAAUUAAAAUUAGAAAUAAAAAAUCCUAAACCUUACAAAGGUUGAAGAUUUAGACAACAGCUCAAUAUACCUAUACUGUUCCCCUCUCCAAAGGUCUUCUGUACAGGUUAUUUUUAAUUUUCGCACAGCACAUAGAUAAACUAUGGGAUUCAUCAAGCUGCUUUAGAAGGAGAGAAGAUAGAUUCAUGAAGGAUAAGGCUAUCAAUGGCUAUAUAUCUAGAAUCAAAAACAUUAUGCCUCUGAAUAUCAGGUGCCGAGAAACAACAUAAUGAAAAGGCUGUUUGUGGGAUUCUCAUACACAAUUGGUUGGUUGCUAUGGCUGAUCCAUAAGGGCUCUUACAUAGUCCUUCAUUCUGUUUCUCAAAGACCUAUGUUCUCACAAGAUAAAAAAGAAGGGGCUAGCAAAGCCUACAGACACCAAAAGAAAAGGCCCUCUAUUGAGGCACAGAUAACUAUUUGAGCAUAUACCUAUCUUCCCAUGUUGACAUCAUCUCCGUAUUGUGAAAUGCACAUCCAGCAAAGGGACUGUAUUUACCUGUAUUUACAGGUGGGUAGUUAAAGAAGCGGGGUGUAUCAUGAACUGUAUGAUCAUUCUACAUUGUUGCUGUUUAAUUACUAUUUAAAGUAAUCUAAACUCUGUUGUGUUGAAUGUGCAUAUGCAUCCAGAAGUCAACUCUAAUAAAUUGCAAUCUCUUUCUCUAUGAUGUAUCAUUUUUAGCGUCAGAGCUUAUUGAUGAGAACAUAACAGCAGAAACAGAAUAUGGAAUCAAGGUAGAGCCCUUACCUUGUACUUUUUAAUUGAUUUAUUGGGCAUAUUUUGUUUUUAAGGCUAUGUUAGUGAAGGUCCAUUUCAUCUCAGUGUUGCUUCAAUUAAAAAGAAGAAGUAAAAGAUGUGGUGAAAGAUGUCCUGAGUGGCGCAAUGGAGCAGUGGGUCUGGCUGUUAACCAGAAGAUUGGUGGUUUGAACCCACCCAGGGAUGGCUGUGGGCAGGAUUCUUGCAUUGCAGGGGUGGGACUAGAUGACCCUCAGGGUCCCUUCCAACUCUACAGUUCUUUGAUUCUAUGAUUCUGGAGAUUUUGUGGAGCUAGUUUCAGAGUAAAAAAAGCCGGGCCAGAUGUGUGAAUAGUCUGAAUGGUUAUUAGGUAGUUGCCUAUUUUAAUGUGUGUUAAUUAUGUAUUUCACUUUAUGUAUGCAGAAUAUGAUGUUUUGUUUUGCUUUUUCUUUAGUGUAAUGAAUUGCUCUAUCAAGGUCAAGCUAUACCUGAAGACUUGAUUAUAAAGAUGCUUAUGAAAAAGAUUGAAUCUCCAGAGGUUUUUCACUUUGGUACUUUUUUCCUUCCCCAAAUCCUUCUUUAAAGGCAGAAUUGUGUAUGAUGGGGGUGGGGGUCGAUGUAAGUUACUUGGUAGCCCUGAACAUAAGGUAACAAGGGGAUGGAUUUGCACAUUAUGCUUUGCUAGCAACAGUCCAACCUAUAAACAUAUGAAUAUUAUAAAUCAUCCCAUAAUUUUUAUUUUUUAUUAAAGGGAUGCAUAGAAAUCCAUUGUCUAACUAUUUGAAAUAAAGCAAUAUGGGCUUCUUCUCUUAGAUUCCAUCGCUUGGAAACCCUAUAAAUUGCAGUGCUUUGUCUCCCUGCAUAAGAGUAAUCUUUGGUAAUAUCGUAAUCUUUGAUAAUAUGGAGCCCUGUGCAAGGGCAAAAUUUAGUGCCCCCAAAUGGACCUUCUCAAUUAUGAACCUUCUCAAUUUUGCACCCCUAUUGCUCAGCACCCAGUGUGGGAGAACCGCCUAUACCCCCUGUUCUGAACCGCAGGCCCAAAGGAAGGCUCGUUGGAGUGGUUGGGUGUAGGGAUACCAAAGAAGGAUGCCAAAUACACCAGAAUGGCCAGUUCUAGUGCUUUAUUAAGAAGGUGUAGGCUUUAUUAAGAAGGUGUAGUAAAGCAGCCUGCCAGGUCUCCUAGCCUUUACAGACACAAGAUGGACACCGCAGCAAGGAGAUGACUUGUCCACGCCCAAGCAAACAUGCGUACAUUUUUUCUUAUACACAAAGCAGCAUACGUCAUUUCAGCUAACUAGAUGAGGAUAUGUGUGACAAAUACCCAAACUUUACGGAUAGCUCCCUUUUCUGGGCUCAGAGCCCAGUCCCCAAGCCCACAGGUAAUGAUGACAUCAGAGCAGGCCAAUUAGCUUAUAUCAAAGCAGGUGAAUAUAUAUAUGAGGUCAUUGCUACAACAACUACCAAUUAAUUGUGGGGUUAUCUUGGCAACCAAUAUGGCGUUAGCAAAGCUUGUGGAACACACCGUCCUAAAUCUGGUGCUGGAGAAAGGUACACCACCUCCUUCAUAGUCACACAGUAUGCUCAUAUUCAGCCCCAGCACAGCCUUUUUUUGGCUAAUUUAGUGUCACAUAAAGCAAGAUAACUGCAUGAUUGAACAUUGAUGCUCUCACACAAGAUUUUUCUAGGACCCCAUCCUCGUCAAACAACAUCAGUUACACACUUAUUAUUCUGUAAAAGUGGUUGUAAAAUUUGUAUAUUUUCAACUUUAAAACAACAACCCAUUAAAUAGUGUGUUUUUUUUCUGGGUGGGGUUGUGUGUUUUUUCCCAUAGGUUAUGUUCUCUGUGAUUUUCCUUCUCUCUCUGAAGAACACAUGAGUAUACCAGAACAAAUUGACGUAAUCAGAAAUGCAAAAUUAAAACCAGAUUUCCUGAUUAAUAUUAAGGUAAUGUCAGUUUUAAUUAUUUCUUAGUCAAUCUACUACUUACUCUGCAAAUGUGAUUAUACCUGUGGAGCGAAAUAUUUCAGACAAUUCAACUAAUUUUUAGUCAUAGUGGACCCAUUGAAAUGAGUGAGCAUCAGGACAUUUUUUUAGCUGGAACUCACUGGAAUUGCGUUCCGGCACCCUUUGGUGCGUUCUGGCAUCUCUGUAGCAUUGCAACAUCGGUUGGAGCUGCGUGACAGAGGCUGCGGUUGGUGCGGCUCAACAACUUUGACUGCGUGCUCCCCCCCCCCAAAUAGUUAAACAACUUUAGGUGGGUGCUUCCCCUAAAAAAGCUCUGGCACCUCUUUUUCUAGAAAAAAAGCCCUGGUGAACAUGACUAAGUUAGGUCCAGUUAUUUCAGUAGACCUACUUUGCAUAAAAAUUAGCUUAAUACCAGGUUUCUAGUUGUUUCAUUCAAAGGUUCUGGUUUCUCCCAAAGUUAAUGUUUUCUCUGGUGCCCAUGGCACUUUCUCAACACUUCAAAUGCGCCAAAAAGGUUGGUGAUCCCAUGGUUGGUCAUUUGAAGUUCCCCCAGCAGCAGCUAUGCUGACAUUCACUUUAGCUAAGGGCGGAGGGGCUGGAUGAACAUAUUUUCAGUAUAGUUUAGCUAUCUUGCUGAAUAAAGUGAUCCACUGCCUGGUGACAUUGAACCAAACAGUACUGAAUUGGACUAGACCCUGUAUAGGACUAGUGAUGUGCAUGUAUACAAAAUCAUCCCUUUUUACUGCUAUCUGGAAACAGCUUCUGAUUUCCCUUUUAUUAUUCUGAAGAUGUUCGUACACUUUAAUUUUACACUUCAAUUUUAGUUGCAAGGCUAGUGCACAACCUUAAAAAAAUGUACAAAGUUGUGAAGCUCUCUUUUAGCUUUACUCUGAUGGAAGAGGACCAAUCAAAUACAAUUUCCAUGACAGAUAUGAAAGUUCUUGUUUCAGGAUCCAGACCUGAAGGAGGUUAGGUGCAAUAACGCCAACCAAAGCUUUCAACAAAAUAGCCACGUAUUUAAAGAAAUUGUCCACCACUGCAUUGCCCUUUUACAUUUUUCUGCAGCGCUUGCUGUUCAGGGGGGAUAUAAUGCUACAGCUUGUAGUAUUAUUAUUGUACUGCAGUCUCCCCCAUAUGAGAGUAGCCAACUUAUGAGUGUGCUCAAAACUCCAAGUCCUCAUCUUUCCUUCAAAGAGGUUUUACUGAGUCCUAGUAUUUGGGGGUUGGAACUCUGCACAGUAUCCUCAAUGAGAGUUUUAUGAUGAGAAAACUCACACUGGGAAUACUGUGCAGAUUUCCUUCCCUCCUCCCUCAAUUCCUGCUUCUGUAAAGAGUUUACAUUCCUGGCUCACCACUUGUUUGACACCCAGAAAGGGUUCUGUUGGUUCCUGCUGUGCCUCUCAUGCUAAGGCAAUAUGGCACUUAAUUUUAUAAGUGUCCUUUCCUUUUAACUAGAUGCUGCUGCUCAGUCUUUCCCAAGUUCUGUCCCUCUUUAUAGCAUACCAAGGAGAGCGAUCCCAGGCAGGUGUUAGGCUCUGCAGAGCCGAAAUGCAGUUGUGGCUUGCCUCCAACACAGCUCAUACUGAGAUCAGACUCACUAUGGUAUUAUGUUUAAUCUUAAAGAUGAACAAUAUUAUUAUGUAAGCAACAUCCCAUCCCCCCUAUUUUUCACUAGUGUCCUGACUAUGAUUUGUGCCAAAGAAUCAGUGGACUAAGGCAGCACCCUGAAACAGGGCAAAUAUAUCAAAGGGAAGAGUGGGAUCCUGAUAUUAUUGAAAAGCGUAAGAAAAAGAAGAAAGAGCCACGCAAAUCUGCAGAAGAAGAAGAGGAAGAGGAGGAAGAGGAAGAAGAAGAGGAGACAAAUGAGGUAACUUAGCCAGGUUAUCUAAACAGGUAAGGUUAAGAAUACUGCAAGUAAAGGAAGACUUGGGAAUUGUUCAGAAACAAUGUUGAAUACAUUUUACUCAAUUCUAUUUGUAAUUGAAUACAAAAUUGCUUCCUACAUAGAAUUCAAAUAAAAUACUUCUUUUCUAGUACAGUUAUCUUGCACAUAUAUCAAAUAUCCUCUUCAGUGAAUUGAAAAUAAUUUAUGCCCUUAACAAUAAUACAUACAGUACAAUAUAAUAGACUCUUCUCUGUGCUCAGUAAAUUAGUAAACUUACUUGAAUGUCUAUCCUGUCUUGAUCUUUAAGGCUUGAAACAGGUAGCUAUAAAAAUGUAUUUAGAAAGGGGAGGAAAGACAUCAUAUUAAUUAAUUAUUUGCUUACCCCUGCACGCCAAACAUUAGUUCUAACAUAAAAUAUGUUACACUGUUUAUUAGGCUAGGCUUUGGCAAUCUUCUAUGAAAAAAUGAGUCCUGUAAUUGUAGAGUAUUAUUGUACACUUUAAUAGUCAUGACUUUUUCCAAAGAAAGCUGGGAACUACAGUUCAUGCUUGGAAUUGUAGCUUUCUGACAAGCUACAGUGGCACCUUGGGUUAAGUACUUAAUUUGUUCUGGCGGUCCAUUCUAAACCUGGAACUGUUCUUGACCUGAUGCACCACUUUAGCUAAUGGGGCCUCCUGCUGCUACCGUGCCGCUGGAGCACGAUUUCUGUUCUCAUCCUGAAGCAAAGUUCUUGACCCAAGAUACUAUUUCUGGGUUAGCGGAGUGUGUAACCUGAAGCGUCUGUAACCUGAAGCGUCUGUAACCUGAGGUACCACUGUAUAGUUCACUUGAGGAAUGAAGGAAAACUGUAUGAUGAAAGAAUGUUCCCAUCCCUGACUUAGUUGGAUUCAGUCCACUACGACCCCAAGGCACACCCAGGCUUUAUGCACACAAUAUAGAGGCUGCUCGCACAGAGCUCUCAUUUAUAGAAUUGAAAACACCUUUGUGCCACUGUUUAGAUUUUUCAUUCUGUAAAAUACUUGAGUAGGAACUAGAAGCAAGCUUGGUAUAUUCUAUUUUUAAUUCUAAUGAAGCAAAGUAUGUUUUUUGUUUUUGUUAUACUCUUAGGCAAUAGCUGAUCAGAUCAUGCUGACGGAAAUUUUGCCACAUUUAGUGCACAGACCAGAAGAUUUUUUAGAAAACAUACAAGAGAGAGUUGCAAUCUAUAAGGACAUUAUGCUACGUCCUUUAGAGGUAAGAACAAGAUGAGAUCUGUGCUACAACUUCUAGAAGUAAGUUAGUUGUUGUUUUUAAGUACCUGAUUGUCAUUUCUUCAAAAUGUGUUUGAUAUUGCUAAUCACCACAUGUGCCCUGUGAGAACUAUGCUCGUAUAUUAUACUGAUGAUAACACAAAUGCCCACUGCUCCUAUAAACCAUGUUGUAGUUACUCAUCACAGCUGUAACAGCACAGAACUGGGUGGUUGAAUUGGGCCCAUGCAUAAGGAAGUAGAACUCUAAAACAUAAAUUGUAGGGUAAUACAAUUUUCCUACCUAGCUUUUUUGUUUACAGGGGGAUGGGUAGUGUCUUUGUACUGGAAGUAUGGGCAUUUGAUAUGCAUGUUGGAAAACUGUUUGUCAUGCCACUAAGACAGGGAUAGCUCUGUUGGUAGAGCAUGAGACUCUUAAUCUCAAGGUAAUGGGUUUGAGCCCCAUGUUUGGCAAAAAGAUUCCUGCAUUGCAGGAGGUUGGACUAGAUGACCCUUGUGGUCCCUUCGAACUCAACAAUUCUACAUUUGAUAUCUGCAUUUGGUGAUAAUGAAUAUCAGUUGCUUAUUUUAUGAUCUACUGCAUUGACUCGUAUUGUAGUUUUGAGUUAAGAUUAAGAUCCAGCCUCGUUUUAGAUCAAGGUGUGUUCCCAGUAUUGGCAAAGUGGAUAGGAUAGUUAGCAUUGCUAUUCUGCCUGCACUACAUCUCUUCUUUAUCUCUUGCAACAUGCCACAACAUAGUUACAAGUGCAAUUGUACUCAUGAGUCUUUUGUAUGAAGGCAGUUCCAUCUAUGUGCACAAUAAUCCCUAAUAUAAUACCAUGAAUAUAAUACCCUGAAUUAGUACAGCUGCUAUUUUAGACAUUUUCUAUUUAUAAAGCGUACAGAAGUGAAUGUCAAAAAACAGUUUUAUAAACUGUUCUCAAAUAAGUAAUUGAAAUCAGAUUGGAAGGGAACAGAAUUGGAUAGCAGUGUAGUCUUUUCAGUCAGCUGUAUGCAUAGAGCAUUUUUGUUUCUGGUUGUUGUUUUUUUAUUCACUUUUAGACAUUAAUGGCUGAGCAGGAUUCCCAGUACCUGUUUGAACUAGAUGGAAAUAAACCUGCCGAAGAACUCAUUGCAGUAUGUACAUAGCAAUUGUUAUAUAUUCCUCUCAAAAGAAGCAUGAUUAAUUGAUUAUUAUCAGAUUAUUAUUUGCAGCUUUUUUGUUGUUGUUUAAAUUGAUACCUGCUUCCUCUAUUUUAGUAUGUCUAAUAAAAUUUAUCAGAGUAUUGGGACAGUUGUAUAAUACACUUAUGGCCUCAUUUACAAGCUCAUUGAGCCCAUAUAGUUAAGGACAGUCAUUAGUUCAGUAAUUAGUUACAUCCAAAAAUAUUGGUUCAAUAGUUUUCUACAUCAGGAUGAUCAUCAGUCUUUUCCCACAUACAGAGAUAAAUAUACUGUGCACAAAAAAAAACCACUGUAGCAAUUUUUUCCCCGAGAAGCUCAAGAAGAUUUCCAUGCUUACUAGCCUCAGUUCUAGCUAUCAUGAAAUAUUUCACCAGUGCUUUGUGCUCUUUUCACAAGAAACAGACUCAUUUAGUAUGCAUGGAAUAUGAUACUCAGAAAGGUUUUUGUUAUAUCUGCAGGGACAUGGAUUUUAUUAGACUGAACUCUUAAUAAAUAUGCAAUACAGAGACAUGCUCUGAUCCAGAAUCUCAUGAAUGUUGUGAUGUUUGUACAUACCUUUCUCACACAUGAACUUUCCUGCACAAUCAAAUGGAGAAUGUUGUUCUCCUUCAGUGGUAGAGGUUUAUCUGCUUUAGAGGCAUAGCCUCCUUCAGUGGAAGGAGCUGUCCCCGAUUCCCGUACUACUUUCUUCAAGACAACAGGACUUUUACAGAGCUUCAGUAUGUGAACUCUUUAUCUGAAGGAAACAGUUGAAACCCUCACAUUUGCAGAUUUUGUCCUUUCAAAAAUGGAAAGCCUUUCAUUUGUAGGACUCUGCAUUGCAGCUGGUAUCUUUUAUUGGUGGAGAUAAAAUAAUGCAAUCCUGUGUUGCAGCAGAGGCCUCAGCUGUGCUCAAGCAGACACAAAACUAUUGCUAAUGGUAGCAGGAAAGCCUGAAAUAGGGCAUUUCUGGGGCAAGAGCUUGCAGCUCUUCUGCAGGGCCUAAUCCUCAAGUUCCUCAGCUGUGCCAGCCUGGAGUUGCUACAGUGAAAAAGCAGGAAGAAACUGCCCCUCACCUACUUGUGCCCUAGUCAGCAGAAGCCUACAGGACAUUGAAAGUGUCAGUGAAUCCAUUCCUCUCUGACCCCAUUUAGAAUUUUUCUUUCCAUUGUUUAAAAAUAUUGUUGAUUACUUUUGAGGGGUAGUUGAGUAAAUUGCCAAAUGCUUGUUGAUCUUGUAUUUCGACAAGUACAUAUGUGAUAUCAGUUAAAUGUAUAAAGGACCAUUUAUGCAAAAAGUUUUUGUUUUUGUUUAGACAGUAAUAGCUCGUCUUCAGUCCAUGGGCCUACGAAAUGGAGCUCUUAUAACCAAACUUCAGAGUGGUGAGGAAGAAAUGUUGGAUGGACUGGAUAAUGUAAGCUUGAUAUUUGCAUGUGUUAUAGUUAGUUGUCUGCAGCAAUAGCACAUUAUAAAGUAAAGGUGACAAUGACAUUUAAUGCUGAUAUAGACUUAAUAAAUUUUUUAUUUUUUAUUUAGUAGAAGCGCAAGACAAAACUAGAAGCAUAUAUUCCAUGAGGUUCCCAAACAGUUGAUCCUGAUUCAUCAGCUCAGCACUGUUCGUUGUGUCCAACAUUUUAAACCCGCCCCCCAUUUGUUUGUCACCUUUCCAAAACAAAUAAUUGUUAACAUGGUUAGAUUGUCAUCUUAUGAGGCCCUUGUGGUUGUGCAGUAGCCUGUAGAACCUCAUCAUAUGGAGGCCAGGAAGAGAGCCUUUUCUGUUGUGGCCCCCACUCUUUAACCUCCCCAUGGAAAUAAGGCAUAAGAUGAUUUAGUUUCUACUUGUUUAUGAAGGCCUAUCUAACUUGCCGGCUACUGAUGCCAGUCAUUUGUCAUCUCUUUUUCAGUUUAAUUUUUUACUAACAAGUAACACUGCUAGAUUUAUUUUAUUUUUCUUGCAUUUUUGAUACAACUACCUUGAGAUGUUUUCAUAAUAGCGCAGUAUAUAAAUAUUUACAAUAAAUAAAUUACAGUUUUCCCUCUCCAUGUCCCUUAACUCCUAUGGCCCUUGUUAUGAUUGUGCAGUAUCCUACAUAGGCAAAGCUACAUAUCAGUAGUAUGUAAAUGUAGUGCAGUAAUUUUUGGAAAUAUGUGAAGAUAUUUGAUCACUUUGUAAAAUAAAUGUAGCACUUUAAUUCUUUUGUUUUGGCAUACAGGAUGAACUGUUCCGGGUGCUUGCAGCCUACAAACUUGUAGCCCCUAGAUACAGAUGGCGUCGCAGCAGAUGGGGACGAGCAUGUCCUGUGGCUUUAAAACAAGGGGAAAUUAUCAUGGGAUCAACAGACUAUGCCCUUGGGUAGGCCAAAAUCCAGUGUGCCUUAAUGGGAGUGCAAUCAUCCUAAGCCUGUCGUACUAUGAUUUUGUUUUCUUUUUAGCUUCUUAGGUAAGAUGUAUAUGCUUUCAAGUGAAGAAGCCCUGAAGGAGUUUAUGCUGAAUCCCCGUCCCUAUCUUCUACCACCUAUGCCUCUUCCACCUUGUAAAGUAUUAGUAUUUGGACCUCCAUUAUCUGGGCGUACAACCUUGUGUGGCUUGAUUGCAAACUAUUAUCAGGGAAAGGUAGGUAUAAAUUAAUACUUGUGUAUAAAUGACAAUAAUUUAGUCUAUAGAUUAUUUUAUUUAAAUUGCAUUAAGGCUCCCAGUCAUGUGAUGGUUUUGCUAACAAGGAACCAAAGAUAGGAUCCUGAAUAAACAAAAGUCAAGGUAUGAGACCAGGUCUCAUGCCGGUAGAUAGAUUGGUAGCUACGCAGAUUCAGGCAGGGCUUGCAUCUCAACCUACACAAUAAGCAAUGAGUUGCUCCAAUGGAGGAGUCAGGCCAGACACAGCAAUUAUGAAAGGCCAGCUGGGUCCUUAUUGGUUUCCUCAGUCACCUGAUCCUGCUGGGCUGAAAGCUGCAGUUCACCAUCUCAGUGUUUCCAGAGGUGGCACCAUAGAGUUUCAGCAAUCAGGCGAGCAGUUCCCUCUGCCUGCACACUGCCCAGUGGUGCAAAGAGUAAGUGGGCUGGGCUGUCUUAAGUGCCCAAUUUGAGAUUCCAAGGACCUUGGAGAAAAAAUGGGGGGGGGUUCCCCAAUGAGAUGUUUAGUAAAAAAAUAGUUUGCAAUAAAGGUGAGGGGAUAUAUAUCAGAUUUAAAGAUACAGGGACGGAUAUGUCAGUAUCAAAAACAAGGAUCCUUGAAAAAUAUUUUUCAGUGAAAAUAAAUGACAUCAAAAGAAGGUUAACUUCUAUUUUAUGAGGUUUCAGCUUUCGUUACCAGACUUGGCAGUAGGUGCAUCAAUUGGUACAGGUGACAUAAGGAGGUGGGGCUCUUCAAGUUUCCACUUUCUAUGUUUUGAGAAAAAUUGUGCAGGCAUAAUUUUCUCUCUCCCACAAUCCUCUGAUACUUUACUUUCAAUGGCUUUAUUUAGGUCAUUGAUAUGGAGGAUCUUCUUAAAGCACAAUUUGAAGAGGCAAGAUUACAGCUCAUUGAGCAGACUCGCUAUGAAGCAAUUCAGGCAGGCAUUCAGAAAGUGAAAGAAAAAAUGGAAAAUGAACGACUGUACCAGGAGCAAGGUGAAGUUGUUUUAUGUAAAAUUUGAGGUGUUUAGUUAUUUGUGUUACAUUGGAAGGCCUUCCCAUUGAAAGGCCAUCAUUGAUGUUACUACAGCAGGGAUAGGCAACUUGGUGCUUUCUAGGUGUUCUAGACUAAAACAUCAGCCUCAACCAGCAUGCUAUUGGUCAGAGAUUAUGGCAGUUAUAGUACAGAACAUCUGGAGGACACUAGGUUGUUUACCCUAGUAAAGGUAAAAGGACCCCUGACCGUUAGGUCCAGUCGUGGACGGCUCUGGGGUUGCGCGCUCAUCUCGCUCUAUAGGCCAAGGAAACCGGUGUUUGUCCACAGACAGCUUCCAGGUCAUGUGGCCAGCAUGGCGAACCAGAGCAGCGCACGUUAUGCAAAUAGUAUGGUUAGCAAUUUCAGAUAUUUAAAUCAUAUUGUAAUCCAAGUAGUAUCAAACUCCAAGACAUUUGCAGUGCAGUCUUCUGCAUGCUUACUCAGAAAAAAAAACUAUGUUCAGUUAAGUUUAUUCUCUUGUAAGUGUGCCAUGCUAUCCCACCACUUAUGGUGGAGAAGGCAAAAAGGAAGUGCUGCAGGGGUAGUUGGAGGGAGGCUGCUGGAAUCAGAACCCUUCCAUUCCCCAAUAUGGCCCCAGAAUAGCAGGGGGAAGUAUGCCAUUCCUGGAGCUGGGAAGAACAAUCUUUUUUUAAUUGGGGGGAGGAAUGCACAAGCACCACUGAGGCCAGCAGAGCGCAGCAAGGCUUUGAAGCUGGUGAUUCCUCUGUCCCCUUUGGACUGGUGCCCUGCUACCCUGUAAAAAUGUAUGCUGUACCCUUUUAUAAUAGAAAAUGUAGUUGUCUUUUCUUGACGGAUCUUCUCCAUAUUUAAUUUUCUCUUACAGCGGCAUUGAUAGCCCAAGACUUAAGUGACAAAGAACCAGAUGAAUAUGAAGAGGGUAUUACCGCUGGUUCAGUGCAGCAUAGUGUUACAACAUCUGGUAGCCAAAAAGGUAUUAUAGUAACUUGGUUUGUGAGAACAGGUCAGAAUCUGAAACUAUAGCUGUGUACACACAUCAAUCCAUUUGUAGAACAAAAAUAUAGUGGUGUGUGUGUUUUUUAAUCCAGAAUCAUUUGUGCUCAGUCUCAACAUACUGCUUUAAAUCUAGAUGGAUUCUAGAUCCUGCCACAAAGGUGGAUGUGCUUACUUGGUAUGCAUUUGAAAUCCCUCCCCUUGGUUAGGUUAUCUAUGCCUUUUCCUCCCUGGAGAUGCCCACCUGUUUGCUCUCACAAGCAUCCAUUUGAUGGUGUUCUGAUUGUAACAUUAGCGGAUGCAGCCAAUGGCAGGGUCCUUACAUAGUAAGAGAGAAGAUAAUGGGAACAAAUAAAACAAUUGUCCACAACACUGAAUACAUAUAUGUGUCCAUGUGUUUUUUCUUUCUUUCUAUGCCUAGAAAGUAGUACCAUAAAAGAAGAAGAUGAAGGUGAAAUGGAAGAGUUGUCUCCAUCCCAGGCUGCAGAAGAAAUUGGUAUUAUUGAUCAUAGCAAGUAGCAAUAGUUAGCUAUUCAAAAUGGAAGUGUUGUUAGACAUAGCAUUUUAUUUAUUAGUGAUGACAGGUUUAUUUAUUUAUUUUAUGUAGAGCAUAAGCAACCUCUCAAAGCACUUUAUGAUACAGGCAACUCUCACCUUACACCAGGGCUGCGUCUUGGGAUAGUUCAUAAAGCCAAAGUUGGGUAUAGAGUCAAAUCACAUUGGGUUCAAUAGUGAGUGUAAUUGACAAAGUCUUUUUCCCCCAGACACCUGCCCACUUUCCACCCCAUUUUUAUUUGCCAAGUUUGUAAAGCUGAAUGCACACUAGUUAAGUAUGCAUAACUUGUGAGUUACCUGUGUACUAUUGAAUUUUAAAAUGGAAUAAAAACACACAUUUGAGGUGGGGUGGGAAAACGCUUUAUCUGGAUUUUACACAGCUAAAACGAACUGAAAUCCUGGUUAAAUAAAAAGUUAUUCACCUGGAAAAGAUAAUGGAGUCUGUUAACAUUGGGGAGCAUUUUGCAAGGGUGGGACAUCACAAAUGAGAAGCAAUACCUACCCAGGACCUACCUGCCCCACUGCAGAUUACCAAUCCAGAAAAAGGCAUUGAAUGAGGAUCAUAAUAUUUGGGCAGUUUCAUGCAGGAGAAGGCAGUCUGUGAGAUAUCUCUGUUCCUUGCAGUGGGCUCAGAAAUGGACCAGAGGACUGUUGCCUGUACACUAGCCCAAGUUAGUUGUUUCACUAAUGUGCUUUACCACUGAGAUGUGUGUGUGGUGAGCAUACGUCACCAUCAGAAGCACUUCUCAAAGAAAUGGGUGUCCAUUGAGGUAGCCUGGGCAAUUCUUCUUAUAAUUUAUCAAUGACAAUUUGAUAGGUCUGCCUUUGUUUAAGGUACUUAAUUUGCCCAGCAUUUAGCUCUUCUGCCUGCAUUUUUCUCCCCUGCACAUUCACUGUGUAGCUAGAAAUGCCUAGAGGAAGGGCCAUUCUAAUGACAUUCUAUAAAGACAGAAGUAAAGAUCCCUGCCUCAGCCCUUUCCACCUGUGGGAGUGUGGCGUUCGUGCAGAGCCCCCGGUCGUUUCAUGGACUAUUGACCUGUACACCACUGCGUUAUUCCGCUGCCACCAACCAGGUUUCUUCUGGUGAAAUACUGAGUCUCAGUCAGGUUGUAAAGUCAACAACAAAGAUUAAAGUUUAUUGAAGAAAAAACAAAUUUUAAAUAUGUUCAGAAUGGUUUCUCAAAUGCACGCCCUUAACCAGAUGUGGCACCAUCUCACACUGUCAUACUCUUCUCUCUCAGUUCUAUCCCUGUCUCCCACUCUGUCACAACCACUAUGUUCGACUUUUUCUGCCUCUGUCUGACCCUCACUCCUCUACUCUCUAUGGUAAAGCCCUGGGCUGAGCCUCAAAACCAGGUAGGCUCCGCCUCUGAGCUUUCUCAUUGGUCAGUCUACAUUGGGGUAGGCAACCUAAGGCCCAGGGGCUGGAUGCAGCCCAUUUACCUUCUCUCUUUUCUUUUUUCUUUUUUAAUUUUUAAAAAAGUUUUUAUUGUUAAAAUAAUUCAGCAUUAAUACACAUGUAUUACAAAUAUACAAGCAUACAAACAUACAUUUCAUACAAUCCUUAAAAGUGUUCAAACAUACCUACACUCAAUCCCACAGAUUCCUUUUCCCAUCACCAACUACCACCCCUCACCCCACUUUUGUGUUAGACUUCCAAUCUACUCAGUUGCAAUUUCUUUCCACUUCUAUUACUUUCUUUCACACACCUUUAACCUAAUUUCAUACUUCUUUUUCUAUUACACAUUGUUAUCCAUCUUAUUUGGUAUUUCAGUAUUUGAAACGGAACUUGUUUAUUCUAAUAGGAGUUCGGAUUUUUCGAUAUGGUUUUGCAAGUAUCUUUUAAACACCUUCCAGUCCCUGUCUAUCUUCUCUUUUGAGAUCCUUCCAAUUUCUCCCAUUGUUUUGGAUAUAUUGUAGUACUCCAAUAAUUUGGCAAGCCACUCUAUUUUUGUCAGUACAAUACCACUUUUCCAAUUUUUCGCAAUCAAUAGCCUUGCGGCUACUGUUGCGUAUAAAUAUAAGGUCUUGUCUUCUUCCUUUAGGCUUCCUGGUACUAUUCCCAAUAGAAAACCUUCUGGUGUUUUCUUAAAUGAAUAUCUGAAUUUUUUUUUCAUUUCGUUAUAUAUUGUUUCCCAAAAUUGUUUGAUGUUUAAACAAUUCCACCAUAUAUGUAUCUAGUACCUUUUCCAGUGUUUCAUCGCCAGCAGACAUCACUACAAUUUUUAUUCAUUUUUGCUAUUCUUUCGGGUGUUAAAUACCAUCUAUGUUGUAUUUUGAGGUAAUUUUCUUUCAAUAUAUAACACAUAGUGAAUUUCAUAUCUUCUUUCCAUAAUUUUUCCCAUUGUUCAAACAUAAUAUUUUUCCAAUAUCUUGCGCCCAUUUAACCAUUGAUGCUUUGACCAAUUCAUCCUUUGUUUCCCACUCUAAGAUCAGAUUAUAUAAUUUAGAUAUAUUUUUUGAUUUUUCUUGUAUUAAGUAUUUAUCAAAUUUUGAAAUUUCUUUUUCAAAUCCUAACUGUUUGUCUUUCACUAAUCAAUACUUAAUUUGAAUAUAUUGGAACCGAUCACUAAUAUGAGCUUUAAUUUCUGUAUAAUCCUUUAAUUUCAAUUCUCCAUUUUCUUCCUUUAAUACAGUUUUAUAGGUAGCCCAAUUUUCUUUCAUAUUUAAUUUUUUCACCACGACAGUUUCUGCCGGCGAUGCCCACCAAGGAGUUUUCGGUUCUAGGAGUCUUUUAUAUUUCUCCCGUAUUUUAUAUAUAGCCUUUCUGACUAUAUGCCCUAGGAAGCCUUUAUGUACUUUGACUUUUUCACCUAUUAGAUAGGCAGGCCAUCCAAAUCUCGUCUCUACUCCCUCUAAAUCCAAUACAUCCGAGUCAUCUAAUUUGAUCCAUUCUUUUAGCCAGAUCAGACCCACCGCAUCAUGAUAUCACUCUAUGUCAGGCCUUCUCAAUCUGGCCUGCGGACGGUCCGGGAAUCGGCCUGUUUUUACAUGAGUAGAAUGUGUGCUUUUAUUUAAAAUGCAUCUUUGGGGCAUAGGAAUUCAUUCAUUUUUUACCUUCAAAAUAUAGCGUGGCCCACCCCAUGGUCUGAGGGAUGGUGAACUGGCCCACAGCUGAAAAACGUUGCUGACCCCUGAUCUACAUUAACCAUUUCCAUCCCCCUAUACAAACAUAAUCACAAGGAAUGGGCAAACGCCACAGGGAGCAUCACCUAAGCAGAAAUUUCCUCAGGGAAUGCAGUCACAGGCAGGUAUAAAGUGUCAAACCAAUGUUUCUGGCAAAAUGAAUCUAAUGUUCACCUGCAUGUUUUCAUUUACAUUUUUCUAACAGAAACCUCAGUGCCCCAGACUUCGGAGGUAACAUCUGAGCAUCCAGAGGUGCAAGAGAUAGUACAGAAAGCCAUUGAAGCUGUAAUGUUCUCUCCAGUACUGCUACCACCAGAAGCAUAUGCUGAUGCAUUAGAAGAAGCAAUUACCGAGGUAAAAGUACCAGUAUCAAAGGAAAUGUGCUGUUAUUUCAAAAAAUGUUACUCAUAAUGUACAUUUUCAUGAAUUUUCUUUUCAAAUUCUCUAUUUUGAAUAUAGGUUUGGAAUAUAUUCACUUAAGAAUAUAGGGUAGUUUAAAGCCACCAGCUGGUGCUUUGAUUACACAGGGACAGCUGGCAUGGUAGGAGGGAGCUGCCCUCUCAGCAGCAGCAUCACUGCUGAUUACCAAAGUGGAGCAGGGUGGAGGCAGAGUUGGGAUUAUGCAGGCACAUCAAUGGAGCCAGUCUGGUGCUGCUACUGGUGCUCCCCUCCCAGCCCCAAACUCCACCCCCCCCUCCGCCCCACACUAGCACUGUUUAGGUAAUCAGUGGCAAUGCUGUUAUUGUUGGGAAGGUGGUUCCAUGGCAUCAUCCCACCACACCAGUUGCUUGUAUACUGUUGAGUAUGAAUGCUUUCCCAUGAAAGUUCAGAGGCGCUCUCAUCAGUCAUUUGAGCAUCACCAUUCUGGUGCACCUUUGUUUCUAAUCUCACAACUUCCCCACCUUUUGCAGGAAACAGAGGCUGCACACAGUAAUUAGUAUAACAUAUUACCAUCCCGCAAAAUGCUUCCUCAUGACCAAGAUCUCCUACAUAAUAUUAAACUUCCCAAAACAACCUUUCCAUAUUAAUUAAAAGUUUCCUGCUUGUGAGUCCUGCCCAUUUUAUUGCUUCCUGAUCCUCAUGGCCAGGAGAUGUGUGAUGAGUUGCCUCUUAAUUGCCCCUAGAAAGUCUCCUCUUAGACUAGAAAGUCUCCUCUUAGACUGCUCACUGUGCACACUUACCUGAGUGAAAGCCUCAUUGAACACAGUGGGACUUACAUCUGGAUAAACAUGCAUAGGGCUGCACUGUUUACUACUCCAUUGUCAGUUUCUACCGUGGCCAAAGUCUUUAAUUAUUGGCAAAUAACAUUAUAAAAAUGGCAGAGGAGUUGGAAUGAGAGGAAAUCAGUUUUGAAAGCCCCCCCCCAUGUUUCUUAAUUAUUGGGGUAAUUAAUAAAGGUUAUUCAAACAAGGAAUAAUUAAGAGUUUACCAUUUAAUGCCCCAACUAUGAUUGAUGAGAAGCGAUACAAAAUGUGGAACCUGCAAACAGGAAACAUUUAAUUGAAGGGACAUGGAUCUUUUAAAAAGCCCCAUUAGCGCUUUUUAACUAUACAGACUGGCUCUGUAGUUGGGUUUUAUUGCAAUAUUUGUUGUUACCAAAACUGAACAAAUUUGAGGAAUACAGAAAACACUUGGCUGUAACUAUUUGUCAACGAUACCAUCUGGAUUCUCUGUGACAGUGUGUGAACAAAGAAUUACAAUUGUAAGGAGGAAAGGGGCCAGUGUGGAAGCAACCACUAACUGGCACAAAUUUGCAACUCCCUCUCUUCCUUCUAAUACAUUAAUGUACCGUAUGUGAGCUCGUUUUGAUAUGCUUGAUCAGAAUUCUAUUACUUAAGACAGUAUUCACAUGCUGUCCCAUUUUACCCUUACAACACACCUGUUGGGUAGAUUAGGCUGGGAAAUACUGACAGGCUCAAGGCUACCCGUGAGAACUUCAUAAAUGAUGAAGAUAUGAACUUAGGUCUCUCCAGCCAUAGUCCGACAAUCUAACUACUUCACUACAAUUCACUAAUAGCUUCAUCAAUGUUAUUUGUUGUUAUUAACAGCAGUGUUUUAUUACAGCUUUCUAAAUCAAAUAAAUACAGAUAUCCUGGAGCUGCAGAAAAAGGAGGAUGGGUCUUGGAUAAUUUUCCUCCAUCGACAGAACACUGGGCAGCUUUGGUAGAAAAAGAACUUCUACCGGAUACUGUGAUUUGCUUGAAGAAUGCUGAACAAAAUGGUCAGUGCAUUUUUAAAAUUGAAUGUCUAACAUUAAAGCUAUUUUUGAAACAAUCCUCCAGGUUGGGAAGUAUAUGAACAUGGGAAACUACCUUAUACUGGGCCAGAUCAUAGGUUCAUCUAGCCCAAAGGUGGGGAACCUUUUUCAGCCAAAUGGACUUAUCAGUAACCUUCUAAAGACUGCAUGCCAGUGUUGGGUGGAGCCAGGUGCAAAUGCAGACAGAGCAAUGGAUGUGACUCUUACCAUUGUUGAGUAGGAUAUAUAUGCUGGACUAGAUGCACCCUUGGUCUGAUCCAGCAGGCUUUGAUUUUGUAUAUGUAGAUUCCCCAGCCCUGAUCUAGCCAAACAAUGUAUGCUCUGGCAGGAAGCAGUUCCCCAAGGUCUCUAGCAGAGGUGUUUCUCAGUCUGCUUGUCAAGUUCCUUUUAACUAGAGUUGCCAGGAACUGAACCAGGGUUCUGUGCCCCAUUACUAAUUUUUUUUAUCACUGAGCUAUCCCAAGUAGCUUGGGGAAAAACCACCUGCAAAGCAUCAGUUAAGGUCUGAUUUAGAAAAAGCUUAUCUUUAUUAUUUUUUCCAUUUUCUUGCCAGCUAAACUUCUUAACUUUUUGAAAAGGAGUUAAUUGCCUACGGAGCAUCAAAAGUAAUCCACUAAAAAGAGAGAAGUUCCUUCAGAAACAGACCUGUCCUAAACUGUACAAUGAUAUGUCCAUGAUAUAUGAAAUUUCUCUUUAAUUUUUGAAACUAUAUGCAAAUUCUAAGUCUUAUUUCAUAGCAUCUUUUUCUAUUACAUUGCAGGAAAGGUAUUGCUCACUAGACUGUACCAAGCAAAUAAAGCAGAAGUUGAUGCUAAAAUUAUAAAAAGGCUAACAGACGAAGCUUUAAAGAAGAAACAAGAGGAAGAAGAAGCAAGGUAAAAUAUUUGAAAAACGAAACACCAUUUGCCCUCUACAUGGAGCUGCAUUUGGGGUUGUUUGAAAAGUUGCAAGUAGGCUGUUAAGCAGGACAGCCUACCAAUAACAUGUUACACCGUCUCUGGAGAAGCCGUGCAUUGCUGCUGGAUUGCUACUGAGAUAAAUUCAAGGUGCUUGUUCUAACAUUCAAAUCCCUACACUGCUUAGGACUUAUUUACUUGAUGGAACACCUGUAUCCCAUAGGCCUGCCCAGGUGUUAAAACUUAGCAAGGAUUUCCUCUUUAUCAUUGCCACAUUUGUCAAUUAUCCACAAUGCAGCAAUGUAUAAGAGGGUGUUUUUGAUGCAGGCACCCCGGCUGUGGAAUGUCUUCCUUCUACAGGCUUGGUGCCAAAUCUGAUGAAUUUUUGGCACUAGUUAAAAUCACACUUAUUUGUCCAGGCCUUUGUGGAAAUAAAUGUGUAUGCCCUCACAGGACUGUAGUUUCAUUUUGUUGUCUUGUGGGUAUAUUAAUUUGGUUUGUUAUGUAUCAGUCCUGCUCCGGCCUCUUAUCUGUGUUUUUAGCUCUUAACUUUGCAGUUCGUAAUUGCUUUCAGUGUAAGUUUCUUUGGUGCAGUCUGUGAGAAAAGCAACUAGCAAAUAUUAUUAAUAAAAUAAUAUUAGGAUUUAUUGGUUUGUACCCUGUUCCAGGAAUAUAUUUAAAGAAGAAUGAGCUAGAGUUUUCAACCAGUUUCUCAUAAAUAUCUGUACAAUUUACUAAUUGCAGAAAAGAACUGCAGGAAAUGCUGAAACUGCAAGCUGAAGAAUUUGCUGAAGAGAGAGGUAAAAAAAUAAUGCAAUAGCAAUAUUUGGAAUUGUUUCUGUGUGGAAGCUGAUCCUGUGAAUUUGAGCUCAACCACUGGACCCAAUUGAGAAUGCUGGUCAUUAGUCAGUAAGACAGCUAAUCUCAGGCAGCAGAUGCUCUGGUGCAGUGGCAGCAACAGAAGUCUCCCCCUCCCCAGUGCCCCCACAUUCCUUGAGCCCCCAGAUAUUCACUUCCCUGUGUAUGCUCACUAUUUGACUUGCUCUAAACUAUCUUGCUGCCCUUGAGUGUAGUGGAGGAUGCUUCUCUUACUGCUGUCAUUGAGGAAAGAGGUAGCUGUCAAUCUGGCAGGCUUCUGCAUGUUGAAUGGCUGGGCAGGGGGCAUCUUGUCCUUUGCCUCAAGCCGCAAAAUUUCCAAGGCCAGCACUGGUGCUAGUUUUGACCCACAAAACCCUGUAUGACUUAGGACCUCAGCUCCCAAUAUAAUACCUCCUGCCAUAUGCAUAAGUGCUGCAAAAAGUGGUGCUUGAGAAGUGCUUGAAGAUGCUGCUUCCUCUGAAUGAGCACACCUGCACAAGAGUGAGCAUCUUCACUGUUGCCCUUUUUUGUGGUGCUUGUGCAUAAGAAAUUCAAAUAUCAACUUGUUAUAAAGCACAUGCCAAGAUAGCGUUCAAUUUGGACAUAGUUCUGUGCAAAAUGCAGAAUACAUGAAUGAUUUUUCAGUCACCUAAUGUAUGUAUUUAUUUCUAAAGUUUAAAUGCUUACCUUUGAUAGUCACUUGGCAUCGCUAAAUAUUAAAAAAAUACUUAAGAAUCUGUUGUUGUUUAGUCGUGUCCGACUCUUCGUGACCCAUGGACCAGAGCACGCCAGGCACUCCUGUCUUCCACUGCCUCCCACAGUUUGGUCAAACUCAUGUUAGUAGCUUUGAGAACACUGCCCAACCAUCUCGUCCUCUGUCACCCCCUUCUCCUUGUGCCCUCAAUCUUUCCCAACAUCAGGGUCUUUUCCAGGGAGUCUUCUCUUCUCAUGAGGUAGCCAAAGUAUUAGCGCCUCAGCUUCACGAUCUGUCUUUCCAGUAGGCACUCAGGUCUGAUUUUCUUAAGAAUGGAUAGCUUUGAUCUUCUUGCAGUCCAUGGGACUCUCAAGAGUGUCCUCCAGCACCAUAAUUCAAAAGCAUCAAUUCUUCGGCGAUCAGCCUUCUUUAUGGUCCGGCUCUCACUUCCGUACAUAACUACUGGGUUCUUUAAUUUGGUAUGCUCUUUCUAAAAAAACAACCAUUUUCAUUUCAAGGUACAGUACUAAACAUAUAUGUUUGGAAAUUAAUGGAGUUGCCUUCUGAAAAGGUAUACUCCUUUGAUUCUGUUUGCAGAAGGGAUUGAUAGCCAGUGCAGGUUCCUGCUGGAGGAUGGGAAGGAGGAAUUUGCUGCAUCUGCCUUCUCUUUUCCUCCAGCUCAGGGACUCGUGAACAAAGUUCUGAACUGAACCCUAAAAAAAUUAUAGAAGCUACUGAAAUAUUUUUGUGUGAGAUAAAGUUAGCUUUGGGGUGAUGGUACUUGUUAUCUUCUAUUCAAACAGUUACUCAUCAAGGAAAAAAAGAAUGUCAUGCCCAAAUGCCUGUAUUGAAGAUGAGCCACAGUUCUUUGCCUGAGAAAAGCAUGUUUUCCCCAAGCUACAAUUUGAUUUCCAUAAUCAAACACUGACUAAUCAAACAUCUCAGUCAUGCUGACCUUUGCCUGAUGAUGCUACUCCUGUUCAAUAUACUAUUGCAGAUUGAUUUCACCUGCAUAUAACUGCAUAUACUCAGUUUCUAUUCUCUCAAAGCAAGCAUAACAAAUUUUAUUGCUGCGGGCAUUGAGUCUAAGGAAUGUUGAUUGAAACUUUUUAGUUGUGUUCUUUGACUAAAAGGGGCUUCAUACAUUACACAGUGACAAAUGUUGCCACUAAGCAUACUUUUCAGGCCUCAGAAGUAGUCAGACUCUUGAGUGUCAGACUCUGGGACCCUGGCAGGCUAUUCUAAUGGGACAGAUGCAUGGUCUAACACAAGCACUUUCCAGAGCAAUAAAUCAUGAAUCAAACGACUAGAGGCAGAUGUAUAGUUGAAACCAGACAGAGGUCAAGAUCCAAGAGAGCGGCUGAAGGUUAGGAGGACCAGAAGAGUAGGUAAGUAAACAAAGCUAGGGAUGGGCCAAAACACAUUUGGUGUGGCUGUGAACUCUGUUGUAUAGAUGUUAUCAUCUGUUGCUGGUUUUAUGCUUGUUAGAUCUUAGGCGCUCUUCAUGGUGUUAUGUCCUCUUGACAAGCUAUCUGAAGUUAAAGACUAAGCAGCGGGUAAAACAAUUUUAAAAAGUCUGAAUAGGACAUUUUGGGAACAGAUAAUUUUUUUAAAAGUCAUUGGGAUCAAUUUAGAAAUAUCUCAAGAGUGGGCUUUAUGUAGAUCUUGGGUAGGGGUGGGGUAGAAUUCUAUAGCUAUGGAUCCAGCACUAAAAAGCCUCUGUCCCUGAUGACUUAUCUAGGGAAAUAUCCCAAGUUCUGAACAUGACUGACAUCUCUUUGAUAUUUUGUAAUUCAGAGUUGCUUUUAGUCAUAAUCACUGGGAUGUAUAUAACUAGGCCUUAUUUGUUCUUCUACCUCCUGUGUGAUUUCAAACAUGACUACCUAUUGGAACAUACAUCUAGUCUAAAAAGAGAAUUGUUGCCUGGUUAAUAAUAAUAAUAAUAAUAAUAAUAAUAAUAAUAAUAAUAAUUAAUUUAUAUGUGAGCCAUCUGACUAGGUUGCCCCAGCAACUCUGGGUGGCUUCCAACACAUUAAAACACAUGAAGAAUCCUUAUAUUGUUAAUGAUACUAUGGAUUUCUAUCCUUGAAGAUUUAAAGUGGCUUGUGAACAUUAGGAAGGAUGUGUUUUCUUGUGCCUACAGAAUCCAUAGACUUUGAUCAUCCAUCUGCAUCUGAAUCACAGACCAAAAUGCCACCAGUGACUGAAUCAGGCCAAACAAUACAACCUUCUGCUUCUGGCGAGACUAAAGAGAAAGAAAAAUCUGGAGGUUGGUCUUCUGUACCAUGUGGCUUAUCCUUUUUUAUAUUAAAAGAAACACUGUGCCACAUUAUUCUAUGCCUUUGCUUGCACUUACUUUCUCUCAAAUAUCAUUUAUUCAAUAAUGAAAUAAUGUAAACAUGUCGCUGUCAAAGAUUUGCACACAAUACCAUUGAUUUUUGCCUAACAAAGACAUUUGUCUUGUAUUAUUUUCCUUUUCCAUUUUCCUUUGACCAUAUCUUCUCUAGUAAUAACAUCUUUCUGUACCCUAGUUCAGACAUUCAGGCUGCAAAAAAGCCAGGCCUUAGAAUCGUACAUAGCUGAGCCAUUGCACUGUACAUAGACAGCACCACACAGAUGAUGUUUUGUGUGAGCCAGUAGAUCUCAUGGAAACUGUGUGCUUCCCCAAAGUUUUUAGUUCUAACAUGAAUUUGUGUUUAAGUGUGUCUCAGUUAUGUAAAGAAUCCCAGUUUAUCUUCAAUAGUGAUUUUAUCUUUUAAUAUAUCCAAUCACAGAAUCAUUAGAAACUGAGGGUCAACUUGAUGAAGCGCAAGUGUCUCUGGAUUCCAAAGAGCAACAGGAGAGCAAGACAGGUAGGAUUUCACAAUCAGACUUUUGUGCAUACAUUUUGCCACAUAAAUAAAUAAAACAAUAAAAUGUUACUUAUUUUUAUUUAUUUGGGUGGUGCCAUUUAUUUCACUUCCAACAUAAUUGGUGGAAAUGUUGAUUUUCUUUAUUGUUAACUUUGGGUUUGUCUGUGCCCUGAAGUUGGUUUCUGCAACUACAAAGUUCAAUUUUACAUUACUUCACUCAGGAGCACAAACAAGAAGAGUCAUACUUCCAAAGAUUCCCCAGGUUAUUCUGAGACAGCCGAGGACUUAAAAGGUCUCAGCAACUGUCUCUAGCCUCAAAUCCAAAACCUGUCUUAAAGGAGAAUUAAUCACAACUGUUCCUUGGUUUUCUAUUGUUAGUACUAAGUGAUCAGCUGGUAGAUCUCAUGGAAAGUGUGUGCCCAAACUACUCUAUAAUUCCCAAACAAACAGACAUGUAAGAAUUACAUUCAGAGCAUUUCCUUCAUAGUGUGCAUGUACUGUGUGAAUAAUGAGCAAUAAGAGCUGGAUUUGACAUGGUCCCUCUAAAUUUAAUUCAGUGGCUGUGUCUUCUCAGCCUGCCAACUGCAUAUUAAAUUACUAAUAAAAAUAAAUCCUCUGUCAAUAAUAUAAAUUUUGAUGACACACCAGUAUCGUACCCACAUUUUAAAUUCCUAAAUUGCAGAUAACUGUAGUAGCUUCCAAAGCAUGCUUUUCAGCUCUUUCUCCUUCUUCCUCUCCCUCCACCGUGGACAUCUUCAGUCAUGUCAACCUUUACCAUUAGUCCUGCUCUUGCAUAUUGCAGCAUUGUAUCUCUGUAGUAACUCCCUUGAUAUUUUGAAAUCUUUUUGAACCUUUCCUAUAAAGUGCAAAUGGGAAUCCUUGGUUCUCCAGAAGUAGUUGGAGUUCCAGCUCCUACCCAGCCAGCAUGGUCAGCAGUCAUGGAUGAGGGAAGCUGUAGUGCAGGAGCACCUGGAAGGCUACAGGUUAACCUUCUCUUCUAUAAAACAUGCAGAAGGCAUAAUCAUUUUCUGCUUGUUCUCACAGAAUCAAAAGAAUCAGCAGAACACAUUGAAACUGAAGAAGAACCUCAGCCACCAGCACCACUGAAGAGUGUUGCAUCUGAACUAGGUUAGAGAUCAAGUUUUCUUCCACCUUCCCUUCUUCUCUCCUUCCCUUCUUUCCUUUUCUUAGCCAUUCAAUUAUCUAGAGAUCCUGUGUUGCAUAUUGUAAUGACAAUUAUGCACAUGUCUUGCUUUCUCCACCAUAAAUCCAGUUUUGUAGUGAAGAAUUGUGCACUUGAAUUGACAUACUAUGUAAUUAAUAACCAUACGCAAACAUAAAAAGUAACUGAGCCUCUUUCCUUUCUCCCUUUUCUUUAGCAGUAUAUCCAUGAAGAAACAAUGCAAUAACUUGGCCAUUGUGAUUCUCAGAUAGUGAGAAAAAUGAAUUAUUAAACAUAUGGGGUGAUAUGCUACAUAAAUCAUAAUCACAGUAGAUGCACUGGAGUUAAUGAACUUAAGGCCAUCAAUUUCAGUGUAUCUACUCUGACUGAGUUGAAUAUAACCAGCAUGUUAUGCUGAAAAUAACUAUUGAUUUGUUGAAAGCAUGUGCUACAAAGAGCCAAUGAGAAGGGAAAGCAUUCUUUGAAAUUACCUUAUGAGAAAUGGGACCUGCAAUAAAAUGUUACACUGUGGAGUAUCCAGUUUCUGUUGGUACCUCCCUCCUGUGUGAGGGUGGUGCCAUUUUGGCUACAUAAGUGUGGGCACUCAUGCCUGAAUAUCAAUAUAGAGGGGGCAAUAUACUUCUUACAAUGUCAAACUUAUCUAAAAUGCAGUUUGCUUUUUUUCCAGGAGUCAGGCUACCUGAAUAUCCUGAGGAUGCUUUCCCAGAUGUAGUAGAAAUGGAUCCACUUAAAAGCAAGAUUAUCCAAUUUCUGCAUGAAUGGCAAAGAAUGGAAGCAGCAAUUGCAGAGUCACCUUUAAUUCAGGUUUCAGAAUUGGAGAUUGAUGGGCAAACUCUGCAAAUGCUUCUUGACCAAACUAUUCAAUCUAUGGAACGUAAGUCUCAUAAUUAUUUUUGAUUCACAUUAUUUCUAGACCAGGAGAUAUUUGAAAGAAGAAACAAUAAAUAAAUCAAGAACUCUAGAAGAGCAGUAGUGCUAGUUUUUCAAAAAAUAUGAAAGGGCUUAACAAGAUGCUUCUGUUAUAUCAUCAUAAAAAGUUUCUUUAUGGUAGGCUUGUAGAGCUUAUGAUCUACUUCCAAAGGUAGCAGAACACCUUGUGAGUGUCUACUUGCCAGCCUGGCUGGGGCUGUGAAAACAAAGGGCUUAUAUAAGUUCCUACUCUUUAUGCAACAUGCUCUGCACAUCAUCUACAACAAUAUGUAGGACUACAGGUUCCCAAUCUCUGUCUGAGCUUUAGAAUUUUAUGGUGCUUUCUUGGUAGGCCCUCUGGCAAGUGGAACAGGGUAAUGUUCUCUGGAUCUGAUCUUACAGUGGUCUCUGGUGGACAGCUGAUGGACGAGAGCUUCUGGCUCUGAGGUUUGAACCUUCAGUGGAUGAUGACUCAGCCUGGGUCAGGAGCAGAUAAUACAUUACUGCUACUGAUAAAGUUGUUAUAUGUUCAAUCGAUUUUUAGUGAAAGAAUAUGUCAUGAUUUAUCUCUGCUGUUGCAUGCUUUUAUACUUGCAUUUUAAAGAAAAUAAAUUAGAGCGUGAUUAUCUCUGGCAGAACCUUUUAAGUACCAUGGCUGGGAAUUUGGUCCUGAAGAUGACGAUGAAGAACAAGAAGAUUUGCAAGCUGAAGCCGAGGCACUGGCAGAGGAAGAGGAAGAGGAAGAAGAGGAUGAAGAUGAGGAAGAAGAGGAGGAAGAAGUAAGUAACAGCCUAAAUGUAAGAUUAUGUUUAGCAAUGAUUUUAAAUACAUUUUCCCCCCAGUCGCAGAUUGAAGACUAUGGUGCAGUUUGUUCUCAGCCUCAAUACAUGUUUUAUACUGUUUCAUGUAAGGGAGUGCUGAGAUCUGGGAGGUUUUCUUCAGCAUUAUCUACGUGCUAUGACAUUAUUGUAAUGUGGAUAGUAUGUGCAUAAUGGACACAUUCUAGAGAAGAGGGGUGUCUGACCAAGUCCAUUGCUCUUCUUGGGCACUUUAGGAGUCAACAGUACAUCCUGUGGCACCUCUAGUUAUUGAACCAUAUUUAGGGGAAAGAAGCAAAGGAUAAAACUAGUAAAAAGGCAGCUGCUGUCUGUUGUAGCACCAGCCAACUUAGGAUGGAUUUGAGAUACUAAACUCUGGAAUUAACAUUUUGAUGCAAAAUUAGGUUUGUGUUCUCCAACUUUGUGCUGAGUGCCCAAUAGGAAUUUUGGAGAAUUCCAAUGAAAAUGGCACCAGAAAUUGCUGUGAUAGCUUAUUUUUCCUAUGUCCCAGAUGGAAAUCAAGCCAGCAAAUAUGAUUGAUAUUGGCUGCUGUUGUUGCUCUCAGUUCACAAAUGAUACCUAAUUGAUUGCUGCAUGAGUGGGGGUCCCGUUUGUAUGGCGUUUCCUUAGAAAUGAAAUGUAUGGAAUAAAAUAACGUAAUGACAACGUAAUUUACAAAAUUAAUUACAUAAGUUACAUAAUUUUGCCACAGCAGCAGUGAGAUGAAGAUAGUUUUUGGAGGAAGACUUAACUGCAGCAGAAUAGAAACAGUGCUGCCCACAACAAAUACAGGGUAGAAUGGAAAACAAUGCCUUCUUACAUUCCAAGUGCAGAAUUCAGUCUGUCACACUAUACAAGUUCAUUAGCACUGAUCUGCAUAACACUGAAAUGCAGGACUGUUUUCACUAUGUGUUCACAUUUCACUGAAGUUAAUACAGAAGUUAAUCACUAAAGAAAGGUUACUGCUACCUUUCUUUAGACUGCUCCACAUCAUCACAAUCCAGUGAGAGUUACAGUGAAUGCUGCCACCAAGUAGAAUCAGUUUUUUCUAUGCUAAUCUACUUUUGCAGAAUGCAAAAAACAGUUGUUGGGGCAACCUCACAAUUAGCUGCUGGAGUAUUUACUCAGACAGCAGUUAUCACCCAUGGGGGGUAAGCCAGGCAUGAUUACCAUACUCUGCUGAAACAACCUCUUGCCCAUCCCCUCCUACCUCACCACUUUGCCUACAUAUGAUUAGCACCGCCAGAGGUGAGUGCCCUGAUCACAUUUAAGGGUGAGGGGCAGUGGUAGAUAUGCAGCUUUCAGCGGCCAUUUGGAUGCUUAUAAGUAUGCCAAUAAGUAAGACUAAUUUUUUAAGGGUGUUUAUCAAAGUUAUGCUCAACACCUCAUCAGAAUUAUUUUGCUGUUUUAAGGAUGAAGAAAAAGCUGCUCAGAGGAAGAGACAAAUGGGAGAUACGAAGCACUUUUGUCCAGUGAUUCUAAAGGAAAACUUUAUCCUUUACCCAGGACUUACUGAAAACACAGCUAAAUAUCGAGAAAAACACUAUUAUUUUUCAACUCCAGAAAACAGAGAUAAAUUUUUGGAAAACCCCGAAGAAUAUGUGUCUCGUAAUGAGCCACUGAAAGUAUGCAACAUUUUCAGCUUCUUUCACAUGUCUGUUAUAGAUAAGAGAUUAGUAAAGCAAAGUCCAAGUCUCAGACACUGUAUUAACUCAAUUAUGAGAAACCUAAAUAUAGGAGGCACAUUGCAUGAAGACAUAAUUGUUACAAUUUCUAAAAACUUUGUUAAAUGAGUAUAUGUUUAUGGACUAUCAUUUUUACUAAGGGGAAAAAGGUGUGAUAUUGAGCUGAAUGAAGGAAAUGAAGAAUACUGAGUAGCUGAAGUGAAUGGGAAUACAUUUAGGCUGCAAUCUGUUGCCUGGUUUAUCUGGGAGUAAGCCUCAUUGAACUCAGUAGAACUUAUGCUUGGGUAAACAUGUAUAGGAUAGCACUGUUAACUACCUCUUUUAGAGCCCUGCCAAAGGCUUUUUUAGUCCACUAGUCUCUUUCCCAUAGUGGCCAACCCAUGAGAAGCAUACAAGCAGGAUAGGAGAGCAAAUUUAUUUCUGUUACCAACACUGAAGCAUGUACAAUCAUCUGAUAAUCUGCCUUUAAGAAAUAAAUGCAGUUCUUUUCUCUGAAAUAUCUCAAGAUUUUAAAUGAUGUAUUAUUCAGCAGAAACCUGCUCUUAUAAAAUCCAAACAUUUAUAUUUAUAUUUUUUUCUGUUUCUUAUUUAAGGCUCCCCCUAUAAGAAUAUGUCUUUUAGGAUCACAUGGAGCAGGUAAAACGGUUUGUGCCCGUUGGUUAGCAGACAAAUUAGGUAUUUUCCACAUUCAGUUUGAGGAGCGACUACAGGAAUUGAUCAUGAUCAAAACUGGAAAAAGAGUUGGACCUGAAGAAGAGGAGGAAGAUGAGGAAGAGGCUACCAUACAAGAAAUGGUUGAAUCCCCUCAAUCUGCAGCUGAAGAACUUGAGGGUGAAGAAGAAACUAAGCGACUUCAAGAGGUAACACCUAGGAUACAUUAAUGGCUUUCUGAGAUGAAUAUUUGAACCAGUUUACAUAAUAAACAAAAUCAAGUCCCAUAAUAAACAAAAUCAAAACCAUGGAACUUUAGACUGUAGGUGGAGGUUUGCAUGCUACAGUCCUCCCUAGACAUACACCAGAAACCCUGCCUGCAUGUUGAACAACAGCAUGCUUGCCAGAGCUACUUUGAGGGAUGGUACAGGAUGUACUGGUAAUGUCAGGUCAAAGGCUAGGCCUAGCCUUUCACCCUGUUGUGCUAGUUUGCAGUGCUCAGUAGCUUUUGUGAAUUAAAAACAGGAUGCAUAUUCACACCUGAAGUCUGAAGGAGUAAAUCCAAGAGAACAUUUACUCUCUUGGUUCUAAUUUGGCCAAGGAUAGAACUGAGUCUUCAGCAGGAAGAAAAAGCAGACAACCUGUUAAAGUCCUAGCAUCUCCUGGCUUCAAGCAAUAGAGGAACAUGAAUCCCACUUGGACUUAUCCUAACAUCCACAUAGAGACACCUUUCAGGAAAGCAACAACAACUGUUUAAGCUCUGUGUCCAAUUCUGUGUGUUUGAUGUGGUAUGAAAAUCUUCUAUGGUGUUUGAUAUUGGAGGGCUCAUCCUCACAUGCAAGUCAUCUCUUGAUAGUGCAGUCAUUAAAUGCUGAAUAUGCAUGAGCCAACCAGCUCUUGUACCCAGUACAAAACAAAAAUUUUGCAUGUUGAAUGAAUUAACUCAGUGCUUCCAUUGUUCCACACUUUCUAUAGUGAUCCAAUUUCCCAUGAGAGUUAAAUGAAAAUGAAUAAUUCAAAGUUGCUUGAAAAACAUUCAGCUAUUCCUUUUUUAAAAAAAAGGUUUUUCAACUAAUAUUACAGAUAGAGUAGCCUGGAUUUUCCUAUAUACCUGACCCAUAAAUGUAUCUCUUAGGAAACAGAAAUCAAUACAUAUACAAACCUUUGUUUUACAGUAUGUAAAAUAUUAUGCAAUAUAAUUUAAACAUAUUGAAGUGCUGUAUAUUUCCAUGUAUACGGCGCUCCCAUGUAUAAGAUGUCCCCUAUUGUUGAGGACUCCAAAUUAAGAAAACACCCUCAGCACUACUCGUGUAUAAGACGAGCCUCAAUUUUAAACCUACUUUUUUGGUAAAAAAACAAAACCCCUAGUCUUAUACACGGAAAAAUACAGUAUUUUGUUACAAAAAUGUUGAGCAAAGAGAAUGAGUUAUGUAAAACCCUUAUACUGCUAAACUGUUGUCAAGCGAAGAAGAGAGCAAAUACUUACAUGUAUUUUGGAUCAUUUCAACAGAAAGAGAUGCUGUUAACAGACGAAGAAGAAGCAAUCAAGGCAAAUCUAAUAGAAGGUGAAGCCUUGCCCAUGGAGGUGCUUGAUGGCAUUGUUCUUGAUUGGUGGAUGAAGGAACCAUUUCGGUAAUUUUUGUGUGUCUAAUAUGGUCUGGCUUUUUUUGUUCCAUCUAUAGCUCUUAGGCUGCAAUCCUGUAGUUACUUGCCUGGGAAUAAGCCCCACUGAACUCAGAUCCAAAGAAUUGAAUUCAGUGGGACUUCAUGGUAGAUAUGCAUAGGAUUGCACUGCCUCAGCAUCCUGGGUCAAACAUAUCAAGACAAGUACCUCUCUUCAUCUGAACCCAGAAGAUCUGAAAAACAGCCUAACUCACGGUAACAUGAGACUGGCUGGUGCUUGGUCUUGUUAGUUUUAUUGAAUUAUGAAACUUAUUAGUCACUUCUCUAUUUAAAUAUUGCUGUAGAAUAAGUGUCAUCUAUUCUUUGAAAUCAACUACCAUAUGAGAUCCACUGCAGUUCAGCCUUGCAGAUCAUUUAUAGCUGCUGUUUAGGCGAGCUUUUAUUUAAAAGCUUUUUACUAAGUUUCUCAUAGAUUUGGUAUUAGUGUAAUUUCUGUUGUUUGUAGUACUUAUAUAUUUUAAAAAUUUCAGUGGGUUAUGGAAGUGUUAGCUGGGUUGGGUAAUGAUCAUGAGUUGUGAUAAAGGCAGGAGCAGGAUUGUGGGAGGUGGAGUGAAUCUCUUCAGUUUUUUCACUCCUGCCUUGGCAAAAGCAGUUCGUUCCUCCUGGCUCCCUCUGUUCUUCAAUCAGUUAAGGCAUCAAGUCCCACCCAGUCUUCAGAUGUCUCUUUGCAAGUGCCAUGGAUUGGCUUCUGUUCACUAGAGUCUGUCUGUCCAGGCUAUCUCUCUUUUUCCUUCAGCAUCUACAUACAGGGUCCAUUGUUUUCCUCCAGUGUCAUGUAUACACACACACACAGAGAGAGAGAGAGAGAGAGAGAGAGAGAGAGAGGGGGAGAGAGGGGGAGAGAGAGAGAGAGACAGACAGACAGAGAGAGAGACAGACAGACAGAGAGAGAGAGAGAGAGAUUUUGACUCUCCCAACAGUUCAGAAUUGAAAUGGACCCUCUUAAGCCAGCCUUGGUAUUCAAAUCUGUGUCAUGUAACACUGCUUGCUCUGUAUAAUAAGUAGAGUCAAUCCACAUUUGGAUCACUCCCUUACACUGGACCAGAAGGAACAUUUCACAGUAAGUGGCCAUCAUGCCAAUCUACCCUACAAGCCCUAAAUAUCUUCUCCAGAUGCAGAGCUGCACAAGGGAUACAUUUAGGAGCCUGGAAUAUUGACCUUACGAAUCCUGAUUGGAUUUUUUUCCAUCCAGCUAUGCCCAUCCCUUGCCUACUAGUAGGAAAUUACAUUCUUGCUAUUAAUUGGGAAGUCCAUGGAAAAUUGACAGUUACUUUUUUGCAUUUAGAUCCACAGGUUUUAUACUGGAUGGUUUUCCUCGAACAGCAGAGGAAGCUCAGUAUUUAGCAGACCGCUGCCUUUGUCCUGAUGUUGCAGUUUACCUUGAAGUUGAUGAAGAGGAUGUUACUGACCGACUUCUUCCCAAGCGUGUGCAAACAUGGCAAGAGAGACAAGCUAGAAAAUUUGAGAAGAAGCAGCAGAUAAAAGACAUGAAGGCAAAAUUAAGAGUAAGUAUUCAGGAUCUAUUAAUAGGCAGUAUAUCACAGAUAAAAAAGUACAGUAUCCCUGCUUGCAGGUUUAGGAUCCAAACUCAUAUUGUAGGAGUUUUAAAGCAAAUAUUGGUGCAGCACUAAAAGAUGGACAGCUAAUUUUUGUGGCACAUAGGUAUCCUAACCACUUCAGAAUUGUUUUGCCUUCCGGAGCCUAGAUGAGAGUGCCUGCUUGAGACUCCCCACCUGGCUUGAAGCAGAUGCAGUGCUAAUUUGAAGUAAGCGGUAAUUCAAAUGAUCCAGUUCGUCAGAAGGCUUCUAUGAACAAAAACUGCAGUGCAAUCCUGUGCAUGUCUACUAAAAAAACCCAGGCCCUUUGAGUUAAAUGGAAUUUAGUCUCUAAUAAGCAUGCACUGAUUGCAGUCUUAAACAAAAUAAACAGAGGGGAAAAACACUGUGUUGCAAUACAGAAUAAUCUGCACAUGCCCAAAUUCAACACAUGCCCAAUAACGUAUUACCAUUAGUUUGAUUAAUUUUGUAGUAUGAUCAAACUAAUGGCAAUACAUUAUUAACCAUGUGUUGCGAUUAGAUUUGUGCAGAUUAAACAAAAUCAAAGCUCCUGACUCUCACUGAGUCUUCAGCAUUUCUUAAGUGGAAUAGGGUUCUGAUUCUUACUAAAUUUUGCAUCUAUAGACAUACAUUUUGCAUUUAUCUCAUACCCUCCAAGUGUUCAAAUUUUCCAUGGACAGCCCUAGGGGGGGAGUGAGAAAUGUUCCUAUUUUCAUCUGAGGAAUGUUGAAGGGUAUGCAGGUCACCACAUAAAGAAGUUUUUUUAAAAAAAAAUGAAGAAUAAUAAUGAAAUAUUGCUAUUGGGCUUCAUCAUACUAUUAUAAACUUAGUAGAACUCUUCUUAGGUAUAUCUACCCAGCCAAAUGUUGCCUUACAGUCCAGCUUUGGGAUGGAUAUCCCCAAACACCCCCCACCAAAAAAACAACAACAACAUAACAUCCAUUGCAAUUUGGAUCUGCACUGGUUUCCACAGGUAUAUAGGAAAACUAGAAAAAGUUAACCUUCCCAUGUAUCCUCAGAUGCCCAUGAAAAACCUUUUGAAAUUGAAUUUUAGCACGUCAGUUGUUAAUGUGUGUGUGUGUGUGUGUAUCAUAUUUACUCUUUUUAACAGGCAGAGCUGGUUGCUCAAAGAAGGGCAGAGCUUUUGGUAGAACAAGCAAAAAGGAAAAUGGAGGUAAGAUACACAUUAAAAAUAACAAAAAACAUUAUGAUCACUUUACAGUGGUACCUCAGGUUAAGAACUUAAUUCAUUCUGGAGGUCUGUUCUUAACUUGAAACUGUUCUUAACCUGAAGCACCACUUUAGCUAAUGGGGCCUUCCACUGCCGCUGCACCGCCAGAGCACGAUUUCUGUUCUCAUCCUGAAGCAAAGUUCUUAACCUGAAGCACUAUUUCUGGAUUAGCGGAGUCUGUAACCUGAAGCGUAUGUAACCUGAAGCAUCUGUAACCCUAGGUACCACUGUAUAUUGGAUUUUGUAAAGUGGCUCUCAGUUUGGCAUCCAUGAUGCUUAUUUAAAAAGAUAACUGUGUUAUAAAUGGACUUGGGAGAAAUUGCUGUUUAUACUGUAUUUCUGAUUACCGUAUUUUUCGCUCUAUAAGACGCCCCAGACCACAAAACGAACCUAGUUUUUGGAGGAGGAAAACAAGAAAAAAAAUAUUCUGAAUCCCAGAAGCCAGAACAGCAAGAGUGAUCUCUGCACAGCGAAAGCAGCGAUCCCUCUUGCUGUUCUGGCUUCUGGGGUAGCUGCGCAGCCUGCAUUCACUCCAUAAGACGCACACACAUUUCCCCUUACUUUUUAGGAGGGAAAAAGUGAGUCUUAUACAGCAAAAAAUACGGUAUAUAGGAGCUUUCCCAUUCACAGAAGGGCAUUUUGGAUCCAACGCAUGACUCCCUUUUUAUAUAUGACAGCUGUCUAAAUAUAGUCAAGUUUCUACUACAUAUUAGUCAGGGAGCAGGUACUUUGAAAUUAGGGCAUAUAAAUUAAUGUGCAGGAAAAACCUGGGCUGGAAGCAGUUUUAAUAAACAGGCAAAACAAUAAUACACUUUUUGUGUAUAAAAUUAAUCCCUUAGAAAUCAACAGGAAUUAAUUUUUAUUGACUGUGAUAUAUUCCAGACCACAGUUUUUCUGUACCACUACACAUAGAGUGAACUGAGAACAAGAAUCAACAAGCAUUGCCAUAAAUUCUAUUUUACAUAAAUAUUUUCAGGAAUAAUAUAAUAAUUAAAUAUUUCCAUUUUCUCUUUUAGGAGGCUACUGCUAGGCUUGAAAAUGAAGUUCCUGAUGAAGAGGAGGAGGAGGAGGAGGAAGAUGAUAUUGAAGCUAUUUUGGAAGAAGAGUUCCCGAAAGAAGAAGAUGAGGGAGAAGAUGAGGAAGAGGAGCAGGAGUCUGAGGCUAUUGAGCGCAUGAGAACUGAACUCUCAGAGAAAUAUGAAACUGAUGUUACUAAUCUGCAAGCAGUGCAGGUAUUUUCAGCAUUGUCUGAUGUAUUGUAUUCUGCUUUAACAUAAGUGUAACAGAGACUAAAUGACACUAUUUUACUAUAUCUAAAAAGAAGAUAUGUGAAAUAUCUUCUUUUUAAAUCAUCAGUGUUGUAUUCACUUUUACAGAGCAAAAUUAAACACCCCAACAGACUUGCCUCCUGGAGAAUGUAUACAUAAUUUGUUCAUGAAGAGGAAAUUGUAGACAUUUCCUGCUGCAUAUCAGAUGUGCCAAAUGGAAUAAUAUAUUGGGGGCUCAAGUAAGCCCUACCACACAUAAUCACAAUACAUGGCACACGCACACAAUUUGAAUGGCAAUGCCCAUCGAUUUUGAGGGGCAGCCCCCUCAAAUAUUUUAGGGGGGGGUGAAGGGACCUAGGAGUUGACUUCUAUGGUCAAUAUGCAUAUCUUCAAUAGGCUGUGAGGAAUGUGCCUAUUUUAACUGAAUUUUGUGCAUAAAGUACAGUAAACACAUUCUCCAAUCAGUAUGCAUAAUUUCCAGGAAAAAAGCCGUUGUUUUCUAUCUCUAGUUCAGAAGUGUGCAGUCUGAGCUUCCUGGGCUGCACCUGGCCCACUGCCUGAUCUUAUGUGACCCACAACAUACCCUCCCACUGAUCACUAAUUUUCUGCUAACUGCACCUCCCAGUAAAAAAUAUACAAUAUGGACUGUUUCACCCAAGUGGUUUUUUGCCUUCCUUCUGGCCUUCUUCUAUAAAUUGGCGCUAUCUCCCACAGCUAUUGCAGGAGUUAUCAUGGAGCAGAAUGAUUUCAAAUACUGUACCAUAAUCUGUUUCUUUUACAAAGGUCUAGGAUUAUGGGGAAAAGAUGUUUUCAAGGAGCUUUAAAAACAGAGAAAAUGAGCUUACUUAAAAUGAUUUAUAAUACCCAGCUAAAUAGAGGUUGCACUGCAGGGGGCUGGACUAGAUGACCCUUAGGACCCUUUCCAACCCUUCAAUUCAAUGGUUUUAUGGUAGCCAAUCCUAUGUCAGUUUUAAUACCCAUAGUUGUAAAUUUUGAUCAGAGAUCUGUCGAGCAGCCUUGUAGGUUGUUGAUUGUGAGGUAGGUACCGUGUUUUUUGCUCCAUAACACUCACUUUUUUCCUCCUAGAAAGUAAGGGGAAAUGUCUGUGCGUGUUAUGGAGCGAAUGCCUACGGAUGGCGGGGGGAUCUGCUGCAGUCGUGAGCAGAGGAUCCAUGGUUCCCCUCCCUUCCCUCCUCCGUGGCUCGCUCUGCUCGCUUUGAAACAGCAAAGCGGGAGAAGAGCUGCUGAAUGGGGAGAAGAGAAGGACAGAGAGCCUGGUUACAAAGCACGGAUCCACAUGGAUCCUCAGGAUUUUUGCACUGGGUCACCCCAAAUUCAUCAUCAGAUCACAUAGCAUGUCCAUGGCUACAGCUUGCACCAAAAAAAUCACGCACCCACUGUUGCCUGGGGCCGCAAAAACGUGGUUACAAAGCAUGGAUCCACAUGGAUCCUCAGGAUUUUUGCAUUGGGCUACCCCAAACUCACCGUCAGAUCACAUGUCUGUGGCCACAGCAUGAACCACAAAAAUCAUACAUCCACUGUUUCGUUUAGAAUAUUUUUUUUCUUGUUUUCCUCCUCUAAAAACUAUGUGCGUGUUAUGGUCGGGUGCGUGUUAUAGAGCAAAAAAUACAGUAGUUUGCCAGAUAUCACAAGUCAAUCUGCCACCUGACACAUAGGUACAAGUCUCCUGCUAAAUAUUUUGUGUUGCCUGCUAAAUAUAUUGCUUUAUUUGCAAGGUUAAGUAAAGGCAUAGUUAAACAAUAGAAUUUGUUGCAACAACAUGGAGGACUUUAAAACUGAUAUUAGACAAAUUGAUGGAGCAUACUACCGCAAACAAAAGAGAAUGUGUCUCAAGAUGCUAAAGGCGGUCUUUAAAUAUAAUGGUCUGAAAUGUGUUGGGCUGCUUUGAAAAUAUGAUCCAUUUUGUCAGCAUCUUGAGACACAUUCUCUUUUGUUUGGGUGCUCACUUCGCAUGUCUGCAGUCUUUGUACUUCCUAUCAAUGGCUACUAGUCAUGAUGGUUAUAUGUUACUUCUAUGACCCGAGUAUCCCUCUCAGUAUCAGUUGCUGGGGAGCAGAAGUAGGGAGAGAGUUAUUGUGCCCAUGUCUUGCCUGAGGGUUUCCUAUAGACAUCUGGUAGGAUGCUGGAUUAGACUGGCCUUUGGUCUGAUCCAGUAGGCCUCUGUUCGUGUUCUUAAGGAUUUACUUGGCUUUUUUGUUGUUGUUAUUUCUGUUUUGCUUGCUUUUGUUCACAGGAGGAACUUGAAAAAUUGUUGAUACCCGAAGUAACUCUUGUAUCCAAGCGAAAGCCUCACAUUGUGUGCUAUCAAUUGUAUAAAAAGCUGAAGGACCUAAUAGAAAAUCGUGAAAGCAUUUUUGAGAAAUGUUAUCCAAUAAGCUUAUCCCUUGCACGCAAGAUGCUAGUUCUUGCCUAUAAACAUCCAAGCAAUUUUGGCCAAUGGGACCCAAUCAAGGUAAAUAACCUUUAGGAAAGAAUAUUUUGCUUGUUUUUUACCAUUAUUUCUUAAAUCAGUUAUGUGGAGUCAUAUAUCAAUUCUUAUGCAUAAUUGUGCUAUGCUAUUGUUUCUAGGUAUUGUUUAUUAUUCUAAAUGUGUAAAAUAGGAUUGAUUGUGCAGAUAUAAUAUCUGCUGCUAAUAGAAUCAGGGUGGGAAACCUUUUAACCUUGAAGGCUACAUUCCCUUCUGAUCAACCUUCCUAGGGCACAUGCCAGUCAGUAGGCUUUCUACAGUGGGCUAAUCUCUUCAGGCUUUCACACUCCCCUUUAUCAUCCCUCUAAGCAAGAAAAAAAACACCAUGAUCAUAGCUCAAGUACAUUCCAGCCAGAAAAACAGAGUACAAAGCAGGUCUGGUUCAGGAUGUGUUUCAGGGUGUGUGUGGCCUGUAGAGAAUCUCAAAGGUCAGAUAGUGGAUGGAAGGGGCUUCCUUGUUCCCUGCCUUCCUUGUUCUUCCUCUUCUCAUUAGGUGGUGGCCGCAGACACAGUGAUAGCUUAUCAUGGUCUGCAUGGACAUCAGUUUCUUUCUCAGCUAGACAGAAGAUCAUAUCUCAAGAGCUGUCAGGCAAGAUGACCAUGUGCAGGCCAGUGCUUAGCUAUAGUCAUCCCAUAGGAAGCUGCCUUCUACAGAGUCUCACCAUUGGUCCAUCUAACUCAGUAUUGUCUAAACUGACUGACAGUGGCUGUCCAGGGUUUCGGACAGGGAACAUUCUCAGCCUUACAUGCAGAUGCCAGGGAUUGAUCCCGGAACCUUCUGUAUUCAAGGCAGAUCCUCUGGAUUGCAGCCCUUCCCCUAAAGCAGGAGAGUCCAAACUUUUUUCAAAGAGGGCCAGAUUUGAUGAAGUGAACAUGCGUGAGGGCCGUCCGAAGUUGUUGACCUUUUUUUUAGGAUUUCCCCCCAAAUUUGUUGAUCUUUUUUCAAGAUUGAUUACUCAGUUUUUUAAAGAAAAUAAACUCCAGGAAAUAAACUGCCAGAUUAGGCCCCCAAGCUGGACUUUAGGCAUUCCUGCCCUGAAGGAAGAAUGCAGUUUGUUCCAAUUUAGCACUAAAGAGCAGGUUUUCCAGGGGGAAGUGCCAGGCAAGCGUAAUCACUUGGACCCAUGCUUUCUAGGCAUGGGACAAGCAAAAGUGUGGAGAAGCCCUCAAGACAGUCUACCCAACGCCUGUUUUCUUUAGAUCCUUUUUUCUUUGCACCAAGGGAGUUGCCUAUAUAAAACAAAGGAGAAACCCAAGUUAGUGUAGCUGUGCCCCUAGUAGAGGUAUAUCUGCCCUGAACCAAAAAUAGUUCCUAACUUUGACAUUCAGUGACAGUGAGGAAGAUGGGAUGAGCUACAUUUCACUUGCAAACUAAUAGGCACUUGACACGCCAAGAAGAAAUUACUAAAUUGUUAAAUUAUUAUUGUUCUUACUAACAUAAUAGUUUUCUGCAAAAGAAUGCAUUAAAAGAGCUGCUUGGUUACUUUAAUGCCCUAGUUUAGCUGAUGUGACUGUUCUUGCCAACUUUUCCUCACCAAUUAUUUGUGCUAGCAUAAGUAAUUUCAACAGGAAAAUAGGAAAACUUUGCUUCAUUCUUAUAAAUCAAAAGAUAAUAUUUGUUAAAUUGUGAAUAUACCGGUACAUUUUUCAUUGGAAAAUGGUUAUAGCAGCAGUUCUGGAGGUCAAUAAUUCUGUGUUUAUUACAGCUAAGUGAAGGAGAUGCAAUCAAGCCUUUUCAAAAUCAAGAUACUCCUAGCUUUCCACUUAUCCAUCGGAAUUGUAUUUAUUUCUUUACAAGCAAAGAGAACAGGGAUACAUUUAUGAAAAAUCCCAUCAAAUAUCUCCGUCAGCCAAAGCCAAAGCCAACUGUGCCAGUUAAGAUUGCAGUUGUGGGGCCUCCAAAAUCUGGAAAGACUACAGGUAAGUCUUGAGUCCUGAGUGUAUAGAUGUUUAUAUAGGUAUAACAAUAUUGCAUUUAUGGAGAGGAUGGUAUUUUUCUGUUCUACCAGAUAACUAUACUGCCGGUAAGUUCAUUUAGGUUUUUUCCAACACAUUAUUUUUUUCUUGUGUGAUGUUAAACUGUACAAGGGAUCGCCUUUAGCAGGCUACUUUCAGAAAGCAGUCAUAGUAAACCUUACGCUUUUAUCAUAACCGUCUAGGUCUAAUGACACAUCCACAAAAUAUGUUUGAAGUACAUGGCUUGUUCCAAAGGAACCUGGAAACUGUAGUUUAUCCCUCACAAAGCUACAAUUCCCAGCACUCUUAACAGCACUCCAGUUUCCAGGAUUCUUGGGGGGAAGCCAUGUACUUUAACGGUGUGGUGUCUGAGGGUCACCUAUGACUGUGAUUCUGCUCUAUUGACACAAUCAUUAUUUUUCUUUUAAAACAUAAUGGUCAGUAUUAUGUGUCAGUGUGGUCAAAAGCUGCUCAUUAACAACAAAACUGUUUUGCAGUUGCCAAAAGAUUUGCAAAAGAAUAUGGAUUGUUGCGCCUUUCCAUGGGAGAUGCCAUCCGUAUGGUGUUAAACAAUCAGCCAGAGACAGAACUAGCGCUUAUAUUGAAGUGGCAUCUGCAGAAAGGAUUGACUGCACCUGAUGAACUUGCUGUGAGGGCUCUAGAUAUUUCACUGAUGGAUACUGUGUGUAACACCUCAGGGUGAGAGACUUUCAUUUUAGUUAUUUCAUAGCAUUGCUUCCAGAUGGGUCACAUUUAGGACUACAUCUGCAUAACAUUGCUUCCAGCAGAUAUGAAAGGCAGUUGCCUUUGUCUGCCAUGCAACUCUGCCUUGCCUAACAUAAAACCAAAAAAUGUAAUAAAUAAUGCUGUACAAUUUGGUCAUAAAGGUUCAGAUACGCAUGCUGGCAGAUUAUAAGCAUUUCUCAUCAGGGUGUUUUGGUAUUCUUCAUUAAAGGAGGAGGAUAGUAAAAAUCGUACUUGAAAUUGUGAAAAGUAGUUUGUGUCUUAAUCCUGCAAAUACAUCUUUUAGAUAUUUUUUAAAGCCCUGGUGAAACAGAGAAGGGCUCUGGCUGCAGUCCUGUGCAUAUUUAUCUGGGGGUAAAUCCCAUUGAACAGAAUUGCCUGGAUUGCACAACACACAAAGCCAAACCAUGACUUAGCAUGAACCCAACAGAGUGCAGACUCCUGGAGAGGAGAUCACAGCCCCUUUGCUCCUCCCCAGUUGCUCUGAUGCUACACUACACUAACCCGUGACUUAGCAUGUCAUCCAAACCCAGACAUGUGGUUUAGCUAUCCCGGACAUACCAUGAGCCCUAAACCAUAGGACAAACCUUGCCUACUACUUAUGGUAAGUCUGGAGCAAGCUAAACCAUGAACUCAGGUUCAGAGUACAUGCUAAUCAAAGCUAUGGCUUAGCUUCAUGCAGAACAGCAGUAGAGCAACUGGGGAGGAACAAAGCGGUCACUUUCGCCUCUCCUGGAGCCCACACAUUCAUGGCAAGCCAUGGUUUGGCUUAGUAUGACUUGUGAACCAGGCCAUUAUCUGAGUCUAUAAACAUGUACAGUCGUACCUUGGUUGACGAACUCCUUAGCAGUCGAAAGUUUUGCCUCCCAAACACCACAAACCCAGGAGUGUUCCAGUUUGCAAACAUUCUUUUGGAAGCUGAACAUCCAGCAGGGCUUCCAAUUGGCUGCAGGAAGCUUUGACAGCCAAUUGGAAGCCGUGCCUUGGAAGUUGAACGGACUUCCAGAACAGAUUCUGUUUGGCUUCCAAAGUACAACUGUAUAAGAUUCCUGACUAAGGACAGGAGGAACAGAUUCUGUAGUUGAUAUGCUAUAACUUAGCACAGGAGUGAUGAGCUUCCAGCUUAAGGGUCAAACUUGGCCUACUAGGCCUCCCUAUUUGCCCUGCAAAGCGGAGCAGCCACACCCAUCUCCCUUACAUCUGUCAUACAUAAUGUGUGAAUUGAGGCUUCAAAGAACAAUUGGGAGCUUAAAGUGGGCUUAUGAUAGUUGUUGUACUGGAGAAGGUGUGAUCCCAACCACCUAUCAGCUGAUGGGCAGUAAGUUUGUGACUUGCUCAAGGAGGAGAAGCAACUUCCAGUCAGUAGAAACAGCUUCUCUAUCCCAGCACUGAUGGUUUGGUGAAGCUGCCCUGACAUUAUAGGUGAAAAGGAAAAGCAUGGAGAGGCUUACAAACUGUGGGGCUGGCAAUGGUCCUUGCACCCAAGAAGCUUGGGAACCCCACACAAGGUGGGAAGGAACAUCAUGUGACUGACAGGUGGGUUGCCCCUGAUAAAGUUUGCCCACGGAGCCAAAAAGGUUCCUCACUCCUAAUUUAGGACUAUGUACAAUGUUGGAAUACUAUUGAGGCCUGCUAGCUCAAAAAUACCUACUUAGUUCCCUGGUGAAUGAUACUAUGUUAUGUUUUGACAGCCUAUUCUAGUUUUAUUCAGUCCCUUCAAAAUGUAACCCUGGUUAUGUUUCUUUAUAAAAAGGCUGAUUCAAAGCUUUAAAAUAAUUCUGGAAAUCGGCACAGUGCCAACAGGAAUAAUAAAGAAUGAAUAUGCUGUUUGGCUCUGUUUAUUAUUCCUGAUUCAGGAUAUCCUGGCAUGUGUAUGGGCUUCAUCAACAAGAGUUACUGUUAUACAAAUAAAUAAUAAAUCUGAACCCAAUCUGAAUUGUGGUCAUUUUCCCUCCCACAGAGUUGUUAUUGAUGGAUACCCUGUAACAAGAAAACAAGUAGACCUUCUUGAAGAAAUGAAAAUCAUUCCAGUAAAAAUCUUUGAAUUAGAUAUUGAUGUGAAGGAGGUCCUCAGAAGAGCACUGCAGGAUAAACAGAUCCCUAACAGGUAGCAACACCAUGAAGGGUGUGAAGUAAUAACUCCCUCAGGGCACAUUAAUACAGUGGUACCUCGGGUUAAGUACUUAAUUCAUUCUGGAGGUCCAGUCUUAACCUGAAACUGUUCUUAACCUGAAGCACCACUUUAGCUAAUGGGGCCUCCUGCUGCCGCCACGCCGUCGGAGCACGAUUUCUGUUCUCAUCCUGAAGCAAAGUUCUUAACCCGAGGUACUAUUUCUGGGUUAGCGGAGUCUGUAACCUGAAGCAUAUGUAACCUGAAGCGUAUGUAACCCGAGGUACCACUGUACUUCACAAUUAGGCAUGGUUUCUGGCUUAACAUAGUUUACAGUGAAGGAGCAGCAUGGUAGACAAUGUCCAGUUGCUCCCACUUCACUACUCCCCUGGCAGAAACAGGAAAAACAAAUUACGAAGCUGCCAUUAUACUUGGCUUCCCUUUACAUCCAAACAAUGGACUGUGGAUUGUUAUUUCCUAACAAGCCACAAUAUGUAAGCCACCAACAAACCAUGGUUUAAGGCUGAUUAGCAGUUGUGGCUUGUUAGGGUUUGGACAUAACAGGAAGCCAAGCUUAGUGGUAGCUUCCUGGUAGGUUUCUCACACAUGGACCAGGGAAGUAGUGAAGUGGGAGCAGUUGGCCAUUGUGCACUAACCUACUGCUCAUACUAGGCUGAUAUUAAAGCCUAAUAUUAAUGCACUUAAAAUUGUCUUCUCAGAUAUCCUUAUCCAAUGCACGACAGCUCCCAUAUUCUCUCUAUCAAGAAUUCGUGUUACAGAGCACAAACAGAAGAAAUAAGACCUUACUACGAGGAACAGCACCAAAACUGGUAUGUGAUUGAUGCAACACACAGCAAAUGGUGGAUCUGGAACAAAAUACUUGAGGAAACUCAAGCAAUCACCAAGCAGAUCCAGAUCUAUCUGGAAAGAAUACGACAAGGUAAGCAAAGAAUCCUGUUUUAAAUUAAUUGGGGGGAGGUUGUUAGUGGAUUUUAUAUGUAAUUCUAUUAUGUUACUUGGAUUUGACUUUAACGUCAAAUAAAUGAAGAUUAAUAUGAAACUUAAAAAUAGAAGCUCAGAGUCUGAUGAUGAAGAAGCACAUGACCUAUUUGAAUAAUAAAGAGAACAUGAACCCAUUACAAAUCUUUGGGCUGGUCCACACUGGGCUUUAUCAUGACUUUGAAGUUUUUUGAGUCCCAGAUUUCUGGCCAUUGUUCACAUUAUGUUGCUCUCAACCAGAACUCAUCCCAUGAAUCACACCAAAUCAGGUGGAAGAACCUAGCACUCCACAGGUGCAAAUUUACUCCAACCAAUUUUGGACUAUUCCCUCCCUCCCACUGCAACCCCAUAAGAUGCAGCCCACAAUGCUCAGUAGGUUCCCUACUGAGAGGAAAGGAAAGAGGAAGUUUACUUUCAGCUCACGCAACACUGGAUACAACUCUUACCAAUUCAAAAGUUCUGCAGUUAUUAUCUGUAUUUAUACAUUUAUGGCCUGCUUCUUGCCCAUCAUCUUUCAAAGGGGUUACAAGUCAACCCAAAUGGUAAAUGGGAUGGUAGUGCUGUUAUCUGGUAGAGUCAGGAUCCUUCCGGAUUGCCCUUUCACCAAUAUGAGGUAGGGCCAGCUUGAAACUUGACUUCAAUUAUUAUUAUUGUUGUUGUUGUUCUUACUCAUUUUUUAUUCAAAGCAGCAUUUUGUAAGCAGACUCCAGAUUCUGUUUGAAAACUGAAGUGAAACGCUACAUAUGGUCAAAGUCCAGUUAUAAUUUAGUGUCCUCCAUGUAAAGAACCCAUUUAGCAAAUGAAUUGUUUUCAGCUGUGAAUGAAAUACAAUACUGCUAGUAAAGCUAACUUGCACGACUCAUUCUAAUAAAUUAGUCAUGUGUAGUAAGCCUUUAGAUUCCACAAACUGGUGAGCUUCCUCUGCUUCAUGGAGGCUAGAUUAAAUUAGAAACAUCUUUCUAACUUCUUGAUAUUCACAGAAGUUAAUCUGACUGACCUGCCAACCUAGCUAUAUACAGUAUAACAUACUGAUUUGCUCUGUAUUGUUUGGUAUAGCUUUUGCAUUUUCACAUAUCAGUAGAAUAGGUAUAAUCUUCCAAAUCUGCAGUGUCACAGGUGAAACUUCACAGCAUUGUAUCCAAUUGUUAACAGGAAUGGCAGCCAGUAUUGCCGAUUUGUGUAUCAUGCCGCAAGAGCUGCUGUCUCGGCUGGGAGAGUUUGGGCAAUAUUGUCCUGUCAGCCUUGCAGAAAAGGGAGAGCUCGUCGAUUGUUCUGUAACGCCUUCUCUAAAGUUUGCAGCAGAAUUUCGAGGACAUUACUACAAAAUGGCUGGACAAGAGGAACUAGAUGUAAGUAUCAAAAGGGGUAGAAUAUAUAUACAUAAUCCAUUUGGAAAGCAGUAGCUCAGUGUGGGCUGGAAACUCCCUAUUUGCAGUCUUACCUCUGCCACAAACUCACUAGGUGGCCUUAGGCAAGCCAAAAGAUUGUAGAGUUUUGGGGUAUCUUAAAUACUAACAAAUGUAUUUGAGGACUAGACUCCAGUUAGCUUCAACCAUUUGCAAUAUGGCACUCAAACUACUGUAGUUUACUGUUAUGGGAAGCACUUUGAAUGCUUUAAUUAUAUAGAAGUGUUAAGAAUUAUUGUUUUAUGGAUGCUGACUCCAAGAAAUACCGUAUUUUUUGCUCUAUAAGACUCACUUUUUCCCUCCUAAAAAGUAAGGGGAAAUGUGUGUGCGUCUUAUGGAGCGAAUGCAGGCUGUGCAGCUGUCACAGAAGCCAGAACAGCAAGAGGGAUUGCUGAUUUCACUGCGCAGCGAUCCCUGUUGCUGUUCUGGCUUCUGAGAUUCAGAAUAUUUUUUUUCUUGUUUUCCUCCUCCAAAAACUAGGUGCGUCUUGUGGUCUGGUGCGUCUUAUAGAGCGAAAAAUACGGUAGUUAGCCAUUGUUUUGCUGUGACAUUUGUCAUAUGGCCUUGUUUUUAUAAACCCUUUAUUCAAAAUGACCCCAGUGAAAGGGAAGUUCCAUUGUUAGGUUAGAAUUUUCUUUCCAAAUGUUUGCAUUCUUGAUGUAUGUGUGUUGAGUGAAAUGAUGAUUUUGAGGAGGGUGGCAAUACCCAAGCGUUUGCCUUUAUUUUGAAUAAGUUCACACCCUCUAUCAUAUCACCUGCUUGUCCUCAUAGCCUCUUUUUUCACCGAAAGCUGGGCCGUGAUGAUGUUACCUUUAUUGUGUUCUCCUGGACUACUUUAUCUCUCAGAAUUGGAUUCUGUCCCUUAAACAAAGAUUGGAUUAUGUGCAAAAGAAAAAGCGUCCCAAAGCACCAAAAUUCUGAAAUGCUUUUUCCACACAAAAGGUGGUAAAUAUAUACCAUCAGUCCUGGAAGUGUUCCAAGCUAAAACCCAUCACAGUUAUUAUAUGGGGCUCAGAUUUGGACAGGCACUCACUUUAGAUCUACGGAAGAUGUCCAAUCAAAGUUCUUAAGGCAAUUUUUUUCUGUACCUCCCUGUGUCCCAAACGCAUCAUUGCGCCAGGCUAACCUCCCCUUGGUAGAAUUAUGGAUCUGGCAUAGGACACUUAACUAUUGGCUUUGCCUAAACUCAAAUCCCCCCAGUCUAAUAUCCCUAGUGCUGCAAGAUUGUCACAAGAACCCCUGGACUAAAAUUGUUUAUCAAAAACUUCACUCUUGUGGUUUAUCACCACAACAGCUACUCACUUUGGGUUUUAGUAAAUCAAACAGUCUAAUUUGUCAGCACCUAAAUUAUAUCAAGCAUCAGAACAACUUGGCCACGAUAAGGAAAUUUUGCCCAUGGUAUGCCUAUUUUCCACCUUCCCAUUUUGACUCUCUGGCACCCUAUCUGCAUAACCUAGCAAUUCUAAAAUAUAGACAUGCUUUUACCCUCGCAAGAUUGAAUGUAUUGCCCUUGGCUGCACUUGAGGGAUGAGUCCAACAGAUUCCACACAAAAAACACAUGUCCCCGUGGAGAUGGCAGUCCCAAAUCGGUGGCGCCUGCCCUUCUGGCUUGCACUCUUUAUAAAGACUUGAGGAAUGAGAUUAUCACCCCUCUUUGAUUAUCACUCCACACUGGAGAGCCAGUGUGGUGUAGUGGUUAAGAGCGGUAGUCUUGUAAUCUGGGGAACCAGGUUCGCGUCUCUGCUCCUCCACAUGCAGCUGCUGGGUGACCUUGGGCCAGUCAUGCUUCUUUGAAGUCUCUCAGCCCCACCCACCUCACAGAGUGUUUGUUGUGGGGGAGGAAGGGAAAGGAGAUUGUUAGCCGCUUUGAGACUCCUGACGGGGAGUGAAAGGUGGGAUAUCAAAUCCAAACUCCUCCUCUUCUUCUUCUUUUAUUGUCCAUUCCGGGUCGCCCAACCACUGUCACUGUGUCCUUUCUCUUGACAGAUCAAGAUGAGCAGGUGACAGCAAAGGUUGCAGGGUUUUUUGCUGGGGCAAUCAGAGUAAGGUUCACUAUUUGACUGUUGAUUCAGGACCCUAAAGUGUAUUUUAUAUAAUUGACUUUUUAUUUCUGUUCUUUGUAUUUCGCAUUGUUGUUUUGUUGCUGUGGUUGAUGGCGGACGCAAAUAAAGAUCCAUUCAUUCAAAAUUGGAUUAUGUCUUUAUUCUGAAGUGCACCUAAUGCAACUGGUGUAGAAUGUUAUAUAUAACAGUGGUCCCCAACCCCCAAGAACACUGGAAAAUUGCUAAGAGUCUUGGUGGACCACUUAAAAGAUUUUUCUGCCUUUUGUAUGACUUAUAAUGUAUUCUUCUAUAUGUUGUAUGUUUUUUAAUUGUAUUUUUCUUGCUGAUCUUAUUUCUUAUAUAUUUUAUUGUAUUACAAAUUGAAUUCCACAUAAUAUAAAAUACAAUAGAUAAGAAAACACAACGUAAGAAAUAAAAGCAGCUACAAAUAUACAAUAAAAAAUAUUUAAUUCACCAUGUCUGCCUUUCACAGUGGCUAUGCCACCUGACUGAAGCUCAUGGACCACUGGUCUGUAGACUAGAAUUUCAGAACUUCUGUUAUAUAAGAAAUAAGGGGGAGGAUACAUCUGUUCCUUAAUAAGUAGCCUCAAAUGAUUUUGACCAUGAAUGAAAACAUGAAAUGUUUCUCCUCUCUCAUACAUUGCUUUCAAUGCAGAAAUUCCUGAAGAAUCCAGAAUUAUAUGUCCCCCCAUUAGCACCUUAUCCUCUCCCUCUCCCACAUAAACUACCAAAGAAACUGACUGCAGCAGAUGUGAAGGCUUUAUUUCCUAUGCAAGCUGAAUUGCAAGGAUUCUGUCCAGUUACUUACCUAGAUGGGAAGCAAAGGUGAACACUUGUAUUUCCAAGGAUUUCUGUUAAUAUAGAAUAUAGAAAAAUGCAAUCUGUGCUAAUAAGUUCUCAAACAGGCGAACUCCAACACCUUCCACUUUGCAGAAUCAUUACUAUUCUGCAUCACAUUGUAUUAUUUAUUGGACUUUAGUGAAUAAAAUUUUAAAGUGGUGAAGGUGAAGUUAACAUGGUGUGUGUGGGGGUACUUGAUAACUUUACAUAGGAUUUAAGAAUCUUUGCAUUAUUUGGGUGUAUCUAAAGGUGCUUUUCUGCAUUCUGUAAAUACCUUCCAUUCACAAAAGGACUGUUUUGCACCUCAAAAAACUAUGCAACUGUUACCCUUCAUGGAUUAAAAAUUUAGAUCAGCCACAUGAAUCCACAAUCAGUAAUGGACUGGAUGAGGACAUACAAAUGUAAUCCACUUAACAGAAAUGUUCCUGGUUAGAAGUCCUGAUCCAAGGAUAUUGAUGUAGCAUGCUUGGGAUGUGGUUGUACUCUUUUCAAACAAUCCGGUUCAUAGUUUGGGGAUGCUCCUCCAGGUGGCAGGUGUGGCCAGAAGCACUUCAUAGGCAAGUGUAUCAACUGUGACUUCUGGAGAAAGUAGACCUGGCCUUGGGCAUGCAUGCUUCAGGUUGCAAUCCUAUACCCAUUUAUUUGCAAUCUCCACUGAACUGAGUGAGAUUUACUUCAGAGCAGGCAUGUAUAGGAUUGCAGUAUUAUACAAAGACUGGUUCUUGCCACAUGCUGGAUCUGCUUUUGAAAACACCUGGUCCAAAAUGUUUUUCUGGAGCAUGCAACUCCUCUUUUAUGCCAGUUUCACUGGUUGCAAAUCAAUUUCUGGACUAAAUAUAAAAUUUCAGUUUAAAGCCACAAAUCACUUAAAACCAGGGUAAAAGAACAACUGCAGCAAGUAUGAGAUGCAAAUGUGGUGAUAUCUUUCUUUCAUUUGCUGUUUUGAGGUAUGAAGCACUGGUACCUGGGGACAUUGAAUAUGCUGUACUUUAUCGCAACAAGCUAUAUAUUUUUGAAAGUGAAGAAAAGCUUCAAAAGUUUAUGAGGUACUGAAUACAUCACUUUUUUACUUUUAUUUAUUGCUUUGUGUUUGGUUUGUUUUUUUAAAAAACCUGAAAUUUCUGUAUUCUUAGAUUACCAGAGAAAUAUUGGAACCAGACUCUUCCACAUAAACUUCCCCCAAUAAAGGAGCCAAUAUUGCUGACAGCUCUUCCCCUGACUGGAUACCUGGAACAGGUUAUUAUUUACUGUUAAUGACACUCAAAUUGACUUAACUUUGGGGGCCAAGAUUCAAAUGGGCAGUAUCUAAUCUCAACGUUGCUAAAUGAAUUCAGUAAUGUAAUGAAGCCAUGUCACAGCUUUAGUCUUAUUUUUGCAAAGGGUUUUCUUUCAUUCUGGUAAACAUGACUGAUGCCUUCCUUCCUUUUUCAAAAGUAAUGGACAGUAAUGGAAAGAAGGGCCCAAAUGUUGCACUUGUUUUAACUCUGUAAGCUUUUGGAAGGUCAUUCGGUAUUCUCUAAACUGACAGGUAGUGAUAAAGGUCUUUAUCAGAAUUCCAGGGGCUGCUGAAACUAUGACUUGGAUGUCAAGAGUUAGGAAUAUGUUGAGCAACUUUCAAAGUGAUACAAAACUGAAAGGCACUGUAAUUAAUACAGAGGAGAGAAUUAAAGGCCAGAUUAUGAAUGAUAGCACCAAGCAGUAAAGAUUACAAUACAUAAAACCUUAUUCACGGAGUAGUGUUUGUAUUGCUCAGCCAACAUUAGUGUUUGUGUUUGUUUGUAGGGUGUGGCCACAGCUCUGAUAAAAGCAAUGAAUGAAGUAGGUUGUUUAAAACCAAAAUUUCCUUUCCUAAGUGUGAAAAAGACUGCUCUGCUGUUCAUAGCCUAUCAUUUGAAAGGUACAGUAAAACCUGUGCUAUUAUAGUAUGAAAUAAAAUAAAAUAAAAAUUAGUUCAUAUUUUUGACAUUGAUCUUUUAUUAUUUUGUUAAAACAUACAUGGUGACACAAGUCAAUGCAAGCAGAAUUCUGCUCAUGCAAUAAGAUCUCCCAUUCAACCCUCCAGAAGAGAUUUGGGGGCCAUGGGAAAGAGUGUUGGGACAGGAGAAAGGGGAAAUCCCUUUAUGCGAGUGGAAGGUUAUUCUCCUGCAAGCUGGACACAUUCAUCCUAGAAUAGUCUAUGAUCAAACUAGAAGUGACAAGGUAGGGUUCUAUUGUGCUAGGAGAAAUCCUUGCUCUGACAGAACAUUCACAAAGCACACUACCCUGGAUACAACCCCAUGUCUAUAGAUAUGGGCCUGCCCCAUUGAAGUGGAAAGUGGGGGAGAUGGGUGCUGAAUCCUUCUCCUACCUGGCCCUCUUAAUUCAUCCCUCCAGAUACUUUUCUUACACCUGGCUCCAAGAAGAAGCCCAGCUGGAAGCACAGGUGUGGGGUGCAGGAAGGAUUUGACAUCCAAUACCUAUGCACUCUUUAAGUUGCACAUAUUAAAUUGACUCUUUAAAUUGCACAUAUACCCCUUCCUCUGCAUGUUAAUGGUGCAGACCUACACGGAUCUACCUCCAUCACAUGCAGUUUUGGCCACUAGAUAACCAAGUUAGACACUGUACCUAAAAUCUGGAUUUCUAGUUAGAAGCAACUGCACAUCACUGUUAACAUUAAUGUCGAUAGGGAUUCAGUCUGGAGAUCUUGUAGGCACUUGAUGUUGCAUAAAUAAUUCUAUACUAUGUCCUUAAGUGUUGUAUAAUUGCACAAUGAAUUAAGAAGUACAAGUGAUAUGGCAUAAUCGGUAUUAUUUAACUUCCUGCAGCAUAUAACCCCAGGAGCUCUGAUUAUAUACGAAAGAAGUACAAGAGGAAGUUGGAACGCUUCAUAGAUCAUUGUGAACUUAUCCCAUACCUGGGAAUCAAAAUGACACAGAGGUAUAAAGAACCUCAAAAUCGACCUAUUGACUUUGAUCACAAAUUACAUACCUUUUUGUCUCUCAAAGAUGUGGAUCCAACCUCUCAUUAGCCUGGAAUAUAUUCACAUUUGAAUGUUAAAUUCUUUUGGUUUUUGUGCUGAUUGUGCCCAAUAAAUGAUGGAUCUAGCGUAACAGCCUCAGCAACAUAAACAAAAGUCCUAUAGUUUCAUGCAUUUUAAUGGGACAAUUUGCAGUUUACUCAUAUAUUCUGCAACUAAUACUAAAAUAUACUUGGUUUUUAAUUAUAUUGCUGUCAUUGAAAAAUAUUCAAUCUAAAACUAUUGUUCUCUAAUGCUGUUAAUGCAGAUAUUUAAAUGUAAUGUAUUUUAUUAUAAAGCCACAGAGAGAAUGCUUUUGGUCUUCUGUAAUUAGUGUUUUUUUAUCUUUAUUCCUUGUGAAGUAUAUUUAAUUGAAAUUAAACAAUAUUCAACUAAUGCCCAUUGCUUGCUGCAUACUGAUUCUGAAGAGUUAUGAGUAAAUAAUUUUAUUUUGCCCUUCUGCAUAGUAUUAUGAACAGGGUGGUCAUUUUAUUUCUGCAUGUGUAAAUCUUCUAAGGAACGAGAGCCACUUUGUUAUGUACUGAAGUUCUCACCCUGGGCCAGCAGGGGGAUACUGUAGAUAGUUCAGGUCCACAUAUGCAAAUAAGGGAUCGAAAGUGACGUUCAGUGAUUGGAUAGUUACAGAAAAUGGUUACUGUUGUGUUCUAGUGGAGCUCUAUAUAAGCAGGCUGGCUGAACCCUUCAGUUCAGUUCUGUUCUGGCCUGUGAAUAAACAAGAGCUGUUUGAAGAAUUGCUGUGUCGUCUGAUAUGUUCACCCACAACUUAACACACUUAGCAUAGAGUAAUAGUGUACACUGUCAGCAGCUGAAACAGCUGCAUGCUGCUAUUUCAUGUGUGGGCACAUCUAAGAAAUGCAGUCAAUUGUGUGUCAAUACAGUAUAUGAACAGUCAAUAUGCAGUCAAUAUAUGAACUGUGUUCCUAUAUGGCAGAACAGACACACUGAGAUACUUUGAAUAGGUUCUCAGAUGAAAGAGACUGCACCUGCCUGCAUCUCCCUUCACGCAAUUCCUUCUUUAUAGAAGUGGAAAAUCAGAUGUUUCUUAGAAGAUGUGGCAUCUUCUGCUGUACUUGAUAAACCUGUUUUCGAGGAAGUAGCAAAUUAGUGUCUGUGCUGAACCAUUUCUCAUCAAUCUCCUAUUCGGGACUUCCCCAUUAAACAGUGUUUUGGUGGUGGGUUAUCACUUUUUCUGGUCUUAUAUAAAGGGAUUUCAGUUGGGCUUGUUUCCAAGUAAUGCCUUUAUGCUUAGCCUCCCAGCUCAGCAACUACAAGAUUCUCCUGUGACCAAAGAAUUAACAUCAGCCAAGACUAGGAUUUGAACAAGUGGUUUUUCCUGUAUACUUUCUAUGUCUCGCUUCAGCUUGAUGUGUAAGCAACGUUGUCCGGAUAGUCAUUUAUUUGGUUAACCUGCUAUAUAGCUCUGACUCCUGCUCCUUCGCUCCCUUUGCCUGCCCCCUCCAUUUGGAUGGUGGAAGCGGCAACGAACGAGUCCAGCGCUUCCAAUCCUCCCUGUUGGCCUGCAACGAUAGCAAGUGGGCCCCAAUCCUUCCAGCCAAGAGCAGAGGUAGCUUAUCCCAUCUCUCGCUUACUCACCAGAACUGUCCCUCUGGGUGGUGCUGCGAGUCCAGGGCCGGAUUUAGGUUUGAUGAGGCCCUAAGCUACUGAAGGUAAUGGGGCCCUUUAUAUGUCCAGCUGUCAUUUGUCGUCAACAAAUUGUCACUGUUUUUUGUGUUGAAUAUAUGCUAUAUGGUAAUUUAUGGACCUAACAGGUAUCUAAAGCUAUUUGCACAUGUUGCCAUGCAACCAGUCCAUGCAGAAUGUAGACACCCUAUAUACAGAAAUGAGCAAACCAGUGAUAUUUUAGGGAGCAGGCUAGCAGGCGGGGCCCAUUACAGUGGUACCUCGGGUUAAGAACUUAAUUCGUUCCGGAGGUCCGUUCUUAACCUGAGGUGCCACUUUAGCUAAUGGGGCCUUCCGCUGCCGCCGCCACGUGAUUUCUGUUCUCAUCCUGAAGCAACGUUCUUAACCUGAGGUACUAUUUCUGGGUUACUGGAGUCUGUAACCUGAAGCGUCUGUAACCCGAGGUACCACUGUACUUACAUCAUAGGAGCCUACACAACAAAAAACACUGUUGCUUUAUGUAAGUUUUAUUUUAUUUGUUUUUUAUCUGAUAUUUUGGAAAUGUACAUCCAGGGGUUUUUUCCGGUUUUUGGUGGGGGCAAGAGAGUGGGGCCCUAAGCUAUAGCUUGUUUAGCUUUUACUUAAAUCAAGUCCGAUCCGUACCCGAGAGACGAACAAACGUGGAGGCAAGGCUUGCUGCUCCUUGCCGCCUCCACGUCUGCUUUUGCAGGCGAGCAAGUGAGUCAGCUGCCUUGUGCCGUCCAACUUCGGGGAAGGAAGCGGCAGAGGACGGGACGCCCGCCCUUGACUCAUCCCUGCCGGUGCAGCAAUACGCCAGACGUGCCUCCUUUCCGCGGCCAGCUCCCGCUUGACUGCCUGAGAGCAGCAAACGAACCAUCCGAGCCGCCUGCGCCCUCCGGAGUCUCCCCCGCCGCUCCCGUCCAUCGCAGCGAACUUCCUCUCUUGCUCCACCCACUGCCGCGCGAAGGAUUUCUGAUCCACUUCCUGCUCCGCGCUAGCGUCACUUCCGGGGUGCGCGGCUGCCGCUUUUGGCCUGCGCGGUCGGCUUCUUGCUCAACUCCCUGUCACGGGGCUCGGGGUCCGGAGCCUCCUUCGCGCGUGGUGAGUCUGCCUUCCCUUUGAAGCGCUGAUAACGGUCUCCACCGAGGAGGGCUCUGCCUCCCCCCUCCCCUUUCCCUCCAUGCUCCUGUGCCUGCCACUCUUUCCCAGUCAGGGUGGUCCCUUGUCCUGCUCCUAGUUGACAGCAAUUUCUGGUGUGGGGCUGGGCUGCCAGCGCUGUCUUUCCUGGCAAAGCUCUUGUGCCUUUUAAAUUAGUAAUCGCCCAAGAAGCAGGAAUUCGGCAGGUGGAGCCUUUCUGGUAUUUGGCAUCUCCACGUCGUGAUGGAAGAAGCAUCACCUGUUGAACUUAUUGUCAAGAAAAGUAAAAAGGGACAGAGGAUAGAAUUUUGAUUUCUUCCCACACAGACCCCUCCCCCGUGGAGAGAGGAGAGAAGAGAAUGGGCAAGUUUACUCCCUUUUCCGGUUCUUUAUCUUUCUGCUAUCAUCAUCAUCAUCAUAACUCCCUUUUCUUCUGUUUUUGUUUUUCUCAUUGGUUGUCAAUGGGAGUCAUUAGGUGGGAGGAGUUUAGAGAAUAAUAAGGGAGAAAAUUAGUUUUGCCUAUUCUUUCAUUAGUGAGAUAUUUCCCUCCUGGAACAAGUUCAUUGGAAGGAACUUUAGCAUACUCUUGUUGUCUUUAUGGAACUGUGAUAUAAAAAUAUUUUUUUGGAAUACGUACAACUUGAUAUCUUUGAUGUUCUUAGUGAUGGUAUUGUGAGUAGAUGGCACAUGCGGAUGACUGCAGAUAAAGGCUACGUCGGAACAGGACAUGAAACAGCCUGGGAUUGUUUUCCUUUACUCUAAACUUGCAAAAGCAUUGGAAAAGAAAACCAGAUGAUUUCUGCUGAUAUGAUGAGCCCAAUAGUGAUCUAAUAAAAGACUUUCUUAAGACUAAUCUUAUUGAGCAAAGGUGGUUACUACACAAUUCCUUAUUCCAGGGAAAUAAUACACAUAAGUUUGAGGCUCAGUUGGGCUUUGCUAUGCUAUUUGGUUAUAUUGCAAGCUGCUCUGCAUACUUUGAGUAGUGCCCGGUAGAUUCACAACCUCUGUGAAAAGGUCCUUCUGUAAAUUUACACUUAUUUUCUACCAGGCAGUCUCUUUUACCCUCCCUCCUCAAAAUGCAAAUUAUUUAUUUGGCUGCAAUCUAGACUGAGUUAUGCUUAGAAUUUGGGGUAUGUGGUAUACUGAGAAAACAAGCUAUGGGGAGGGGCCAUAGCUCAGUGGCAGAGCACAUGUUUUACAUGAAGAUCUUAGAUUCCGUCCUUGGCAUCUCUAGGUAGGUCUGGGACAGAAUCCUUACUGGAAAUCCACUGCCAAUCAGUACGGACAAUAUUGAGCUAGAUAGACCAAUGAUCUGUCUUGGUAUAAAGCAGCUUUCUAUAUUCCUAAGAGGCGCGUUCUUGCUUUGGUCUCUUAAAUCCAUUUCUGGCAUACAGUAUUAAUGCUACUAUUUUCCUUACAACACUGUGUCUUCUAAGGUAAGCAUUUCUUACCACGAAUGCAAGAAAUACUUGAAUACUUUAGUGCAUAGACAAAUUCAUAGAAGUUGAGUUGGUCGUUGGGUAUUGGCCAUAAAAGCCAAGUGUGGCCUCCAUUUUCAAGUAUAGAUGCUGGGGCAACUAAUUCUGUCACCAUCAAGCUCUAUUUGAGAAUUUCUGGCCUUCUGCUAAUAGAAAUAAAACAUUGGGCCAGAUGAACCUUAGGCUGCUCUAGAGACAUUAUUUAUAAUAGAGUUACUUUGUCUCAUGGUCCUUUAUUGUGAACAGGAAUAGAGAAUUCCAAGCAGAAGAAUGCCUGGUCAAUAUGAAUAGUUUCCUUAGUAAAUUACUACAUUUAUUUUUAAAAGUAUAGCUACCCAAGCAAAGUAUCCUUUCUGAAGACCGGAACAGAUGCUGCCAGUUGGUGUAGAUAAUACUGAACUAGAUGAUGAUGAUGAUGAUGAUAAUAAUUUAUUUAUACCCCACCCAUCUGGCUGGGUUUCCCCAGCCACUCUGAGCAGCUGAAUAUUAAAAACUUCCCUAAACAGAUGGACUGAUAAUCUAACUGAGUACAAUGCAGCUUCCUAUCUUCAUGGAGGAAUACUCCAUGCAUCCAAACCAACAGGGAGAGAUAAAAAAAACUAACUUCCAAGCCACUUUAGGAGAUUGGGGAAUCCUCCAGAACAGCAGUUAAUGCUCUGUGUAAUCUGUAAUCGCCCCAUGUGCAUACACAAGAACUUUUCCAAUCAUGAAGAAGCUCCUUGAAUCACAGCAGUGUUUCUCAACCUUUCUUCUGUUUACAGCAACAAUGGAUGCAGCAGUUCCUGAUGCUUCUGAGAAGCGUAUAAUCAUCCACUCACAAGUUCACAGAGAUACUAUUCUGGCCAGUUUUGAAGAACAGAGGAGAAAAGAUUUUUUGUGUGAUAUCACUUUAAUUGUAGAAAAUGUUCACUUUAGAGCACACAAAGCUUUACUUGCUGCCAGCAGUGAAUAUUUCUCCAUGAUGUUUGUUGAUGAGGGAGAGAUUGGCCAGUCGAUCUAUAUGCUGGAAGGAAUGGUGUCAGAUGCUUUUGGUGCGCUGUUGGAGUUUAUCUACACUGGUUCUCUGCAGGCUAGUGAAAAAAGUACAGAGCAGAUUUUAGCCACAGCUCAUCUCCUCAAAGUGAACGAUUUAGUAAGGGCUUACACAGAACAAGAGAAGAAUUUUAGCAGCGCAUUAUCUGCCACGCCUACUAAUGGGGGCACAGUAGCUGCCUUGACAAAUGACAAGAAAAGUGAAGAUCCACCAAAGCGAAAACGUGGAAGACCAAGAAAAGUGAAGAAUAUCCAAGAGGAAAAACUUGGGAUAUCUGCUGAAGAUGCUCAGUUAAGAGAGAACAACUCUGUUCAUAAUAAGCAAAACUUUAUGGAUAAAGAUGCUGUGGUGGAAGACAGAGAUUCCAAUGAGGAGGUUCCUGUAAGCAGAGAAGCAAGAGAUACUGAUCAUGCUUGUAGUUCAGAUGCUGCGGUGAGUGUCUCCACUGAAAAAGAUGAGAACUAUGAUCCUAAGUGCCAAAGUAUACAGGCCAGUCAGAGUCGUUACAGCAAACGUAGGAUACAGCGGUCUAUCAAGCUAAGAGAUUAUAAACUUAUUGGUGAUGAAGAGGACAAUGGGCUGAAAAAGAGACAUGAUAGGAGAAGAAAACGUACAGGUUCUGAAGUUGAGUGCAAAGACUGUGGGAAGGUAUUUAAAUAUAACCAUUUUUUAGCUAUUCACCGAAGAAGUCAUACGGGUAGGUACUAAUGAUCAGUUUAUUUCAUUCAGUAAUAUAAUUGUAGCAUACCAUAGCCACAAUGCUCCUUAAACUGUGCUUUUUAUUGAAAUGUUUUAGCUAGCUCUUAAGGUGUAAUGUAAUUUUUAUUGCAUGACCAUAUGCUAAUGAUUUAACAGUUAUGUAAGUAUAUAAAUUUAAUGAAAUCAAUCCAGUAACAAAUUGGAUGAAAUCACACACUAAAAAUCAUUAGAUAGAUAGUUUAAACAAAAAGUCCAUUUUAAAUUUAUAAACAAUAUAGCAGAAAAAAUGUUUUUGCACACUCCAAAAGUCGAGAAAACAAAACCCAUACACCAAAUAACAUCUUAUUUAUGAUAUGAAAAGCAGCUAUUGACUCUAUAUAGACUGCAUUCAGAUGUACCUUUUUGUGUAUAUAUAUUUUGUUGCAUGACAUGAUACAGCACAAAAUAUUUACAUAGCAUAGAAUAGUAAAGGUAAAGGGACCCCUGACCAUUAGGUCCAGUCGUGGCCGACUCUGGGGUUGUGGCACUCAUCUCGCUUUAUUGGCUGAGGGAGCCGGCGUACAGCUUCCGGGUCAUGUGGCCAGCAUGACUAAGCCGCUUCUGGCGAACCAGAGCACAGAAACACCAUUUACCUUCCCGCCGGAGCGGUACCUAUUUAUCUACUUGCACUUUGACGUGCUUUCGAACUGCUAGGUUGGCAGGAGCAGAGACCGAGCAACAGGAGCUCACCCCGUCAUGGGGAUUCGAAUCACCGACCACCUGAUCGGCAAGUCCUAGGCUCUGUGGUUUAACCCACAGCACCACCCGCAUCCCUACACAUAGCAUAGAAUACUGUUGUCUAAAUACUGCUUGAUUUUUCUAGUAUAAUCUUUUACCGAAUCUAUUCAUCAAAACAUUUCAUUAAAACUUCAGCAUAGAACUUUGGCAGGCUCUUAACUUUCAGAAGAGGAACUGAUGAAGGUGGUUUCUCCAUAAUAUUUUCCUGAUUAUCUCUCCCUCCCUGCAACGUAAUGCAAUAAUGGGCAGCUGCUACGGUUUAUGGGGAUGGCAGUGGACUUACAUUGUCAUGAUCAUUCAUUGCCCCAAUGCAUCUUGACUGGGAAGGUCUGCAACGCUGACAUAGCAAACACUUUUGGUUUAAAGGUUUUGAAAAUUGAGGUGCACAUUAGAUUUGAUGGUGCAUUAGAUUUGUGUAAAUACAGUAUGUGAAGCACUUUGAAUAUCAUCAAGUUAUUAAUAAUGAUUUCACGAUAGCCAUUCAAUUAAUUUUUCUUAACCUACAGUUUUGAAAAAAUGUUUGGGGUUUUCUUUUAAAUAACGUGGUUUGAAACAUCUUUCUGUCAACUUGAAUUGUCUAACUAUUUGCCACUCACAAACCUGGUACCUUGUUUUUAGGGGAGCGCCCGUUUAAGUGCAGUGAAUGUGGUAAAGGCUUUUCCCAGAAACACUCUCUCCAGGUUCAUGAGCGAAUGCAUACUGGAGAACGGCCAUACACUUGUACUGUUUGCAGUAAGGCUUUAACAACAAAACAUUCACUCCUGGAGCACAUGAGCCUUCAUACAGGUAAUGUCAAGAGCAUUUUAGCUGUGCUAAGAGUGUAAAUUAAUUAGCGAAUAAUUGUUUGGUUGGAUCAGUUCCUAGAUCCAUUAAGCCCAACAUGGUUUCCAACUGCAGAAUGCCUGAGGCCUCUGGGCCCUUAAAAAGUAGUACAUGAAGGGUUUGGCUAAUCCUGAUAUCCAACUUAAGUUGGGCCCUCUGAAAUCUGUUGAAUUCAGUGGGUCUAUUACAUGUAUGACUAACAUAAUGGGUAUCAUUCCUAAUGCUUUGUCCUCAGCACCUGGUAUACUGCCUCAGCACACAGAAGUUCAAUUUAGCUGCUAAGGCUAAUAACCUUUCAUAGACUUUAUCCUCCAUGAACUGGUUGAAUCCUUUUAAAAAGCUUUUUAGGCUGUUCUCCACCACCACAUGUUGUGGAGUAACUUUCCUGAUAAUUACACAUAUAAGGCUCUCUGAAUUCCCCCAGGAAUAAGCCCCAUUGAAGACAGGGGGACCUGCCUCUGAAUAAACAUGCACAGGAUUGUUUUUGCUUGGUGUUUAGUUGUAUGUUUGAGUAAGACCCAGACUAAACAUAAUAUAAGCUAUGCAGUGAUAUCUGUUGUGAUUUCUUUGAAAUAUCUUCUAAACUCCUCUGUUUUUCUUUCAGGUCAGAAGGCUUUUACUUGUGAUCAGUGUGGAAAAUACUUCAGCCAAAAGAGACAACUUAAGAGUCAUUACAGAGUUCACACAGGUAUAACAAAUUUAAGAGGCAGGUGGAUUUUGUUGGAAAUUUUUUAGCACAUUGUCUUUCUUACAUUUUUCAAAUGAGUCUCUUUUUAAUAACUGUAUCAUGCUAUCCAAGGGUAUUUAUAUAAUAGUUCUAUGCGAAGGAAGAAUGUGAGUCUUUUGAAUGCUUAGCUUGAAUAUUCCCUUCUUUGAGGCUAUUCCAGAGUUGAGGAUACCACCUCAAGGUGACUUUGUGUACAAGCAUGCACAGGAGUGUGAGCCACACUUCCUCUAGACACACUUACACACUUCUAGCACAACAUAACUUUUCUUGUGAAGAGUGCAACUACUGCUCCCAUGCAUUUCCCAAUCGGGGAGAUGUAUAAUUACAACUUUGCACAUCCUCUCUCCAUCCCAAAGCACAGUAAAAGUAGCAUGAAUUUCCUUGUGCUUUAUGCUUCUACAUUCUUCAUGAUGUUCUAACCUAUACACAUUGGGUUACAGUGCCUAUAUGUGUGUAGCACCUCUGGUCUUGGGCUCCAGAGGGAAGCUAGGAGUGGCAAACAUGAUCCUUUUGGUCCACAGAAGCCUAUGUGAACUUUAAUGUUCUGCUGUCUCUCUAAUACUCUGCUGUCAGUAGUAUUUAAAACAACUAAUGUUAUGCUGGAAACAAUAUUUAACCAACUCAAAUCUCUCUGAAUAUCAGAAAAUAAUGUUCUUUCUAUAACUGCCUUAUGUUGCUUCUCUUAACUGUGGCAUUGGUUUGAUUCGGGAUGUGUCAGAUUUGUAUGUUUGUGUGCUACCUUGACAACACUGUUGGACCAAAAGGCAGGACAGAUAUUUUAAUAAAUAAUAGUAAUAGACUCAGAAAAGAUAAUGGAUACCUAUUUUUCUUUUUGUAAUAAGGCCAUUCUUUGCCAGAAUGUAACCUGUGUCAUCGCAAAUUCAUGGAUGCAGCUCAGUUAAAGAAACAUUUAAGAACACAUACAGGUAAUGCCCCCUCCAUAUUUCUUUCAGAGAAGAGACAGCUGUCCUUUGGGUUUGGCCUCUGGGCCUCUGAAACACACAAGCCUAUGGUUAGUGUCAGGUCAAAUAAGAGAUCUGCCCUCCUACUGGGAGAGUUUAGCACCAGCUAGGCACAAAUUGAUAAUUCACAUUGGGAAUGUUGAUGCACAGCUGAAUUGGAAGAGACAGCAACAUGCCCCAGAGAAUAAAUGAGGUUGAAAUGGAUUGGUGAAUGCUAAACAGCGCCGAAUCCAUAAUGUGCAGGACUUUACUGAUACAAAGCAGACUCCUUGAGUUUCUUUUAGAGAACAGAGGGAUGUGGAGGCUAUGUGAUUGAAAACCAUGAGCAGAAUGACAAAAAAGAAAUAUGGAUAAGUGCUUGUAGGAUUUAUUAGUCACUUGUUUGUAAGAAAGUCUCCAAGCUACUUACCGUAUUUUUUGCCCCAUUGGACACACUUUUUCCCCUCCAAAAAUGAAGGGGAAAUCUGGCUGCGUCCUAUGGGGCGAAUGCAGGCUUUCACUGAAGCUUGGAGAGCGAGAGGGGUCGGUGCGCACCGACCUCUCUCGCUCUCCAGGCUUCAGGAAGACAUCCGCAGCCUAGGCAGCCCUGCGGGAGUUCCCGCAGGGCUGUCUAGGCUGCGGAUAGCAGCCUGCUUCCCGGAGCGCCGGGCGCGCUGAAAGCAGAGCACCCGGCGCUUCGGGAACACAUCCGCAGCCUAGGCAGCCCUGCGGGAGUUCCCGCAGGGCUCCCCAGGCUGCGGAGAGCAGCCUGCCGCCGGGCGCGCCAGGCGCCCUGAAGCAGAGCGCCCCUCGCGCCGGGCAGACAUCGGCCAGCCCCAAAAAAACUAGGUGCGUCCUAUGGGACGGAGCGUCCUAUGGGACAAAAAAUACGGUACCUUUAAAAACAUGAAUAUAUUGUGCCAUUUUAAAAAGAAGAAAGGCUAUAUAAAACAUUAACAGUUUUCAAUCAUUCAAACAACGCCCCCCACCAAAACCAAAUAAAGCAUUGUUUUUCAACAAAAUGAAGUGUUAUACUGUGAAACUUUUCUGUAAGCUUCCUUCUCAUGUUACCUUAGUGGUAUGGGACCUUCCAGCAACAUUGAAGGACUUAAGCUGUGUGGAAGGAAGCCACAAUGCCAUAUUCCUUCCCAGGCUAGCAUAGGUUCAACUUCCAGGGGAAGCAAUGCUUGCAGGAAAAGGAGCUGCAUGCACUGUGAAUUCCUUCCAUAUUGUCUAGCAACAUUUUAGGAACAGUACAGAAGGAAUUCUUGAUGCAGCUGCUGACAUCCAAAGCGACUUUGAUGAGGAAGAAGAGCAUGAUGGAUUCUAUCUCUCUUCUUUUUUGUGUGUUGAUUAGCCAUGAGAUUUGUUGAAUAUUACUUAGAUGAAAAAGAGUCCCUUCUUUUCCAGUGCUCUUUAAAUUCUGACAGGCUUUCCAGUUAAUCCCAAAUUUAUUGCCACGAUGAUCUCCCUACAGCCAGAAUACUCCCUAUAUGUGGUAGCUGCUAUUAUAUUUUAUGCUCUGCAGUCAUAGCUCUUGGUAUGUUCCAUCACACACAGUGUUCUGGUGUAAUGAUAUUUAGAGUGGUGCUGUUGUUCAGAUAUUGCUCAGAUGUCAAAGUCCCACACACUGUAAUUGAGCGUAUUUUUUAAAAUCAUGCUAGCCUUUAAUUAAACAGUGGUAUCUUGCUGUUACACUAACCAACAAGUUUUUGUAGGUGAAAAGCCAUUUACAUGUGAAAUUUGUGGCAAGUCCUUCACAGCGAAAAGCUCUCUCCAGACUCACAUAAGAAUCCACAGGUAUGCUAUUCCUCCUUUUGUUUUGUGUGGCUGCAUGUCAGGAACUAGUUUUUUUAUGGGAAAUGCUUUGAGUCUAAAUUGUUGCAGACUGGGUGUCCACUGUAACUACAGAAGUUGAAUAUUUAGCUGAAAAUACAAGAUGGGAUUUUUUGAACAGUUUAAAAGCUGACCUUGCACCCCAAAGGUAUACUAAAAUUUAUAUUCUGUGGGCCGGCUACAAAUCAUAGGUAUAUAAAAACAGGAGUCUUUAGCCCAAUGCUCAGCCUGCUCAGAGUAGAUCCACUGAAAUUAAUUGACAUGACCAACUUAAUUUUAAUGGGCGUACUCUGAGUAGAACUUAGUUGGAUAAUGAUUUGGUCACUCAUGAAGGGCUUUGGAAGCCUAUCGUUAAAAGACUGGGAAGAUGGGGGUGCAGAAAAUGUGACGGGAACAUGGAAGGAGUGCGAUGUCUUUUUAGUUCAGCUUCCCAUCUGAUCUCAAAUUGCAGGAAAGGCAACUGGUUGCUGCAAGGCAGUGUGGAAGACGAUGAUGGUGUCAUGCCACCCUUAGUGGCAGCCUGGAGUAGAAGGGAAAAGAAAACAAAAGCCAGUCUGGCCUUGCCUACUUAGCACUCUGCAAGCUCUUCCCAGCUCCUAUCAGUGUGCUCAUCACAAUGAUGGGGACUUUGCUGAUGUAAUACAGCUUUAUCAGCACUCUCAAAAUACUCCCUGUUCCCAAGACAUUUCUAGUCACAUGCUGGCAGUCUUCUAAAUAACAGCAGCUUAAAUGUGUAUAUGGAAGCAAGGGGGCCCUGUAGGCCUGGCUGUGGCCUGCCCACCUCGUUACAAGGCUGCUGUCUACAUGCCAACUUGGUAAACUAGAGAUAAAACCAUACCAAGGCAAUGCAGACAGCAUAAGUACACUGGGGUGAUCCUGUCGUGCACUGCGUCAUGAAAUUUUGUGAAAUGUCUGUAUCCUCCAAGCUUUCAUGUACUUAAUGAAGCUAACCUGUCUUCCCUUGCAGAGGAGAAAAACCUUACACAUGCAGCAUUUGUGGGAAAUCCUUUUCUGAUUCCAGUGCCAAGAGGAGACACUGUAUCUUACACACUGGCAAAAAGCCCUUUUCUUGCUCGGAGUGCAGCGUGCAGUUUGCGCGCCUAGACAAUUUGAAGUCACAUUUAAAGAUCCACAUCAAAGAAAAGCAACUACAGGAAGCAAGCAGUGCUCCCAGCAGCAGCAGCAGCAGCACAGACGAAGUCAGGAACAUUCUUCAGUUGCAGCAGUAUCAACUCUCCACUUCUGGAGCGCAGGAGAUCCAGCUGCUGGUCACAGAUUCUGUGCACAAUAUCAAUUUUGUGCCCAGCCAUAGCGAAGGUAUUAGCGUUGUCACUGCAGAUGGCACCCAAAAUGUGAUGACGGACCAUGCAGGCAGUCUUACCCUUCUCACUCAGCCACCCCAGCAGCUACAGAACCUGCUCCUUUCCACCCAGCCAGAGCCAGCAGACCAGAUUCAGAAUAUUAACAUUGUGAGCAGCCAGAUGGAGCCUCGACAGGCUGAGCAAGUGCACGUCAUCACGCUCUCUAAAGAAGCCCUGGAGCAUCUGCAUGCCAAUCAGAAUCCAGCAGAAGUGCUCCAGAUCACCACAGGAACAUCACAUCCAAGCCAGCACUUGCAGGUGGCUCAGGAACCUAGCCAGGAGUUUCGCAUCAGCCAAGCUACAGUCCUACCUCCUCAAAUGAACAAGGGACAGACUCAAACUGUACAUGUCUCUGAAUCACCUCAGCAGUCUCUGACUGUAGGCCAGUCAUCUGAUGAUCAUCAUAUUGAGAGGCAGACUUUUUAA